AAUGCAUGUGUGGUUGUGUUAGCUGGUGCAAUAGAGCAUGUCGUAGUGGUGUCUGUGUCUGUCAGAGCACAUCAUUGCAAAGUGUAGUGUAACAGAGUGUGAUAGAGUGUAUGUGAGGGGGAGUACUAGUAAUUUGUGUAUGUGUUUGUAUAUUGGGGAGUAGAGGUGUGUCACAAUAUGUACAUAUGAAGGGGGUUAUGGUAUUUGUGCUAGAUUGUUAAUUUUCUGUAAACUGUUAGAACACUGUAGGCCUUAUAUUAGUACACAUACAAUUUGGGUGAUCGCUGCGUAAGUACCCAUUUUUACUUUUAAUUACAAAUUUGAAAUUUAAUUCAUUCAGAAUUAAAUAGGAAUUUAAAUACCUCUCUUUUUCAAGUUAAGAAACUAUCAAAGUUUGAAUUCUGUACAGCAUUGCAGCUUUCUCAUACGUUAAGUGCUUUGAAGGCGUUUUUCCUAAUAGCAAAGUUUUUUUGUGGUGUGGCAUAGUUCAUAUGGUCUAGUUGUGUGAGUGUGUUAAAGGAGUGUGUGUGAACAGCAUGUCCCUGAGGACCGAGCUCCUGAAAUCAGUGUGGUAUGCCUUUACUUCAUUGGACACAGAGAAGAGUGGGAAGGUUUCAAAAUCGCAGCUUAAGGUGAGUGGAAUCAUAGAUAUUUUUCUUGUAUGCAGGAUAAGACAUUUUACUAGUCACUAAAGGGUGAAUUCAAGGUGAAUUUCAAACUUUUGUCAAAAGUAGCGAAAUGGAAACAUUCUCUAAGUCAGUUAUACUUCCAGUUAUACUUCUUUGGCCUUAAAUUUAAAAUUCACUUUGAAUUUGCACUUUAGUGAAUAACACUGUUAGUACACGGAAGAAUAUGAGGCACGGAAGGUAAUCAGUAAAUUGUUGAUAGAUGAACAAGACAACUAGGAGUAAAUGAUACAGAGGUAGCGAGCCAGGGGUUCUAUUCACUAAACAGCAAGUUUUGGUGACUUGAAUUGUUGCACACACAUUUCUUGGAUAAAACCUCCAAGUUGUAUUGUCUGAGUACAUUUUUCUAAAACACAAAGGUUUUGUGAUUAAUUCCUAAAUGUUACUAGAUCAAUGGGAAAAAAAGUAGCAGAGAGCUUAGAAAGCAGGGUGAUGGAUAAUUUUGUUUAAGGGAACAGAAAGUGACGGAGGUGACGGUACAGAUCCAUAUUUUGCUAGAAAGUAUCCAAGAAGGUAAAAUAUAGUUGUAGUAGAAAUUAUAUUUAGUCUACAUGACUGUUAAUUUCCGUGUCUCUCAUUGAAUUAUUAUUCAUUAUCAGGGAUUAUAAAUAGAAAAUAAGUCAGUGUGUUUUAUUGUGUUUUAAUUAAUUUGUUUUAAAGAGAAUCUAUUAUAAACUUUAUAGUCCAGCUGUAUACAUAUAUUUUCAAGGUGAGUGCAUGUAAUGUUUCACUCUGCUACUUUGCUUAUUUAAUUAUUUACUCAUCUCUUUAGUUAUCGGUUGUUGUUUUUUUGUGUAUGCGUAUUUGCUGUUUUUGUGUUUUCAUUCCUAUUUUGUUUGUCAUUUAUUUGAAGCUUAUCUUAUUAUGUUCCCUUUUCUUAUUAUUAUAUAAUAUUUUUGUGCUAGGCAUCUAUUUUAAAUGUGUAUGUUUAUGUACAUCCAUUUCUAUGAUGGUCUGUCUCUGUAUGCAAUAAUUACAAAACAUUGCUACUUCAUCAAAAAUAGAGAAAUCUUCACUUGCAUGCAGAAGGAAUGGUGCUAAAGUUUCUGUCUUUACAGAGCUCUGCCAAGACGUUUGUGUUUUGUGAAAUGCAAAUUGGUGCAUAUGUAUGCAAUUAUAUGUGUACGUGUGUGAUGUAAUGAAUGGCUUUGUGUUAUUUGUGCAUGUGUUUAUAUAACAUUUGUUGUAUAUAUGUAUAUUUACAUAUGUAUGUAUAUGUUUGUUUAGUCCUUUGUUUUUUUGUGUAUAUUUUGUAUCGCUCAUUGUCCUUGAGAAUGUGUCAGUUUAUAUCAAAAUGAAUUUUAAUAUAUGAAUAUGGUUUCUUACACUCAAUCAUAAAACAGCAGGAAAACCUCAGCAGAAAAGGAAAUAGCAAAGAGGAACGGAAGUGGUGAGGGUGGGGGGAAAAUACUGCACAAUAUAGUGUGUACAAUGUCAGCUAUGCUUAUUAUGUGCUUUGUGUUUCCUUCGGUUUUUUUUACUACUUUUUCUUUUUUUAUUUGAAAUGGAUUAUAAGCUUGCUAUUUUUCUGUCACAUAUUGAUAGCCAUGUUGUCUUAUCUCUAUUGUGAGUGUUGAAUAUGAGCUGCACUCUUCUCUUUGACAGGUGCUGUCCCACAACCUGUACACUGUGCUCUGCAUACCUCAUGAUCCAGUUGCCCUUGAAGACCACUUCCGUGAUGAUGACGAUGGCCCUGUAUCUAGUCAGGGUUACAUGCCCUAUCUAAACCAGUAUAUAUUGGACAAGGUGGGACUCUGGUUAAUAAAAUUCCUCUUACUUUCAAAUAUCAAGACAACAAAUAGAAGUAAACAGGGAGUAGAUGUUAGAGUGUAAAGAUGUUACAAUGCUGAGAUGUAUAAUCAAAGCUGGAAGUGCACUCAGCUCCUCACUAGGGAAUCCAGGGUGCUCUUGAAAAAGUCCCAGUACCCAGAAGGACCAAGUUGCAUUUUCUACAAUGCUGAGAUAAGCACAAUCUCGUAUCCCAAACUUGAGGGUUAAACACAAAUUUAUUUUUUUUAAGACAUAGCAAAAAAGUGUUUAUAUAACUAGGUGGAAAAUCGAUCUGAAAGCUUCUGUUUGUCUAUCAGCAAAGAAACAAAAAAGUAUAAAUACAAACUAAUAACAAUAAUUUUAAUACCAUAAAAAAGGAAAACAAAAUUAUAUAAAAACGGUGCAUAUCACACAUGUGAAAUCAAUAGUAAGUCAAGGUAGCAGGCAGGCUUAAAAGAAAGAAAGGGGGAAAAAUGAUAAUUACAAAUAAUAAUAAAUAUCCCUGCAUCGUUUUUAUGCUCCAACUAUAAAACACACUUGUAUGUGUGAUAUUUUUUACUUAUAGGGGAACAAUCUCCUUCCUGCUAAUUUGCUUACAUUUAAUGAUCUAAUCCAUUUACUGGAGAAGACGCUAGACACUGUAUUCUGCAAAGGAUCCAGAUCUAAGGACCUAGUGCUCAGGCUCUGCUUGCCGUUUCAAUUUUGACUGGGCAUGGAUUGUUAUGUUUCUUUUAGUCUUCUGCAAGUUUUUUUAUACAAUUUAAGUUCCAUUACUUAGGAAAGAGAUGUUCAAAAUAAUUGACCUGUAUCUUCUUCCCUCCCCUUUUUUCAUCAUCCUAUAACUUAAGACUGCAAAACAGAAUUCUCUGUUUUUCUUUCUCCCUCUCUCCCACAUUGAUAGCAUUCUCAUUCGUAUGUUCUUGUCAAUUACAUUUACACUUGUUUUUUCUGACACUGCUAAUACCACCCUAAUUCAUCUACAAUCAGGUGGUUGAUGGUUCAUUUGUAAAGGAACACUUUCAUGAGUUGUGCUGGACUCUGACAGCAAAGAAGAACUAUCACCCAGAAGGAACGGCGCUGCCAUCAAAAGAUGCCUUUCGUCUAUGGUGUCUCUUUAAUUAUCUAUCUGAAGAUUCGUAUCCUCUCAUUAUGGUCCCCGAUGAGGUAAAGCAAAUAUAUGUGUAUUGUGCUUUAGAAUUAGUUCAGUUUGUUAAAGGUUGAAACUGUAUAGUCAAUGGCUCGUUUCUGGUCACUGGUCCUUUUAGGUCAAUAAUACCCAUGCAUCGUUUUAAAAGAAAUCUGUGUUUAAAAAAGUGUUCCAUUGCUUUGGGCAGGGCCAUCUAUAAUAUGAAUAGGACCCCGGGCAAAGCCUUUUCUUGGGCCCCCUGGGCCCUGUCACUGCACCCUCCCUCCCCAUUACGCCCAACCCGCAAUCACACUGACAGACAUACUGACACAUGCACACACAGACAGACACAUUAAAACAUUCGCAGAUACAUACUGAUACACACAUACACUGACACAAAAAUAUAUACUGGCAAACACUGACACACAUUCAGACAUACUGAUACACACACAGACACAUACAUACUCACAGACACAUACACUGACAGAUAUAUUGACACAGACACAUACACUGACAGGCGUAUUGACAUACACAGACAUACUGACAUACAAACACACAGACAUACACACAGUAUGUCUGUGUGUGUUAGUAUGUCUGUGUGGUGUGUUAGUAUGUCUGUGUGUGUAUGUCAGUAUGUCUGUGUAUGUCAGCAUGUCUGUGUGUGUAUGUCAGUAUGUCUGUGUGUGUAUAUGUCUGUGUGUGUUAGUAUGUGUGUGUGUAUGUCAGUAUGUGUGUGUGUGUAUGUCAGUGUGUGUGUAUGUCUGUGUGUGUAUGUGUCAGUAUGUCUGUGUGUGUAUGUGUGUGUCUGUGUGUGUAUGUCAGUAUGUCUGUCAUAGACACACACAGACAUACUGACAUACAUACACAAACAGACAUACUGACACAGACAUACUAACACACACACAUACUAACACACAAACACAUACUAACACACUAACACACACACACAGACACAGACAUACUAACACACACACACACAUACUAAAACACACACACAGACAUACUAACAUACUAACACACACACACACAUACUAACACACACACACAGACAUACUAACACACACACAUACUAACACACACACACAGACAUACUAACAACACACACACACAGACAUACUAACACACAAACACAGACAUACUAACACACACAGACAUACUAACAAACACACAAACACAGACAUACUAACACACACACAUACUGACAUACAUUUAGCCACCCUCCAGGUUCUUACCUUUUUAUGGAGGGUGGUUUCCCUGGGGUCCAGUGGCAGGCUGAGGCAGAUGGGAGUUCUUCUCUGGAACUCCCCUCCUCCUUGCCUUCCUCCUCCCUCGCGGCUAUCUCCGGUGGGAGGAAGUGACACGCGGUACUCACUUCCUCCCAGCCGAUACAGGAAGGGGCCCGGUCGCGCUGUUUAAGCGUCACAGCGCCCGACCGAGCCCCUUCUGCCACAUGCCCACAGGGUGGCCUCCUUAGUUGGCGGGCCGGUGCGGCUGCACCGCCGGCCGCCGGGUACAUGGGGGUGCUGAAAUCGCAGGGGCCCAUGGGGCAGCUGCUCUGGGGCCCCCCCAGGAGCAACUGGGCCCGGGGCACCUGCCCCGUUUGCCCCGCGCUAAAGACGGCCCUGGCUUUGGGUGCCUGCAGAAAUGCAAGAUGAAGUCUGAAACGUGAUGUGUUCUGCAGUUGGAGCUGGGAAGUCUGAGAUAGUUGUGGAAACUUAAUUUUCCAGAAUUUCUGUGCACAAGGUGGACCUCACAAAGUUCAACUUGAGAUAUGUAGGAUAUAAACAACAACUUUUGUACUUCUAGGGGAAAAGUUGAUCGCGUUGUAUAAACUAAAGUGUAUGUAUAAGCACCCAUUUAUUUUGAAAUAGGGCAUCAAAAUGAAAUAAAAUUUAAGAUGUCAGGUUUUUUUCAACUAAUUUUUGGUAUACUCAUUUUAUUAAUUUCAGGCAUCUGUAGCAGUCAGAACUAAUCAAGCCAUCACAAUUGUCAGUAACACUACUUUUUUUUUUAGCUUGCAGCAAUCUUUAUUAAUGAUUUUCAUGAUUGAAACAGCAUAUGGCCGAACAUGUUUUUUUCCACUUAGAAGAUGUACAGUGUGCACACAAUUUAGUAAAUCGUUUCCACAAUAUAAGUGUGCCCCUUCUAUUAAGUAGUACCCACAAUGAGCCUAUAUUUUUAUUAUAGUUUAUACAAUUGUGCAUGUGAAUACUAACAAAUCUAUACAGGUGGUGUACCCUCUUUAAACUUAGUUUAUCUUAUUGCCACUUCUUAGCAUUGGUACCCUAUCUAUUACAUGUAAUGUCAAAAGAUGAAUUGAAAGUUUGGCUUCAUGAAAAUGGGCACAGAAAGGCGAUUCAAGUUUUUUAGUUUUAUUGAUUUUUAAAAAAAAUAUUUUACUCAGUGGUGUAGUGAGCGGGCAAUUGUCCUCAAGUGGCAGGCUGAUUGUGUGCCAAAAGGCAGGCUGGUGACCACCAGCAUCAGAGCUGCAACACCAUAGCACUUGUACUCAGAGACAUCUCCAGUGUUUGGCCAAUUAGGCAGCCGCCUAUGAUCUCACACAAUGAGCCAAAUGGGGUAGAAUAAUAGCUGAGGGACAUCUUCCAAAUAUCCAAUGAUUAAGACCAUUGAUUAAGUCCAUGCUGACUAUUAGGCCAGAACCAAAGUAGGUUGUGCAGAGUCACCAUUAGUGAAGGAGGGUGACAGAGGGCCCCAGCCUCCUUAGUACCUUGUGAUGCACAGCAGCAGAAUGCUGUGCAUAGAGGGGGCAGGGACAUGGUGGAUCAACACAUCCCCAAACAGCAUCAGUGAUCCAGAACUGCAUGGAGGAGGCUGUGGAGAGCAGGAUAUGCAAGUUAAGGAAUGAAUUGUGGGGAGAAAGGGGGCAGGCCAGUUACGCUAUCAUUAACUGGCUUCACCUAAAGGAAAGGGUGCAAAUCUGCCAAAAUUACUGGCAUGUCAGCCUGGAGUGAAUGCAUGCCAGGCUGCCUUUCAAUUAUCCAGGCUGGCUCACUGAGGAUAGACCAUGCAUGGAGCAACUUUCAGUGCUCUUUACAGGUUCCUAUUGCCCUGAACAUAGAGUGAGUACAUCUAAUGAUGACAAUCCCCUGGUGUACUCAAAAGUGGGACACCAGCGAACAAAUUUGAGGUGAUGGGACAGGCCUUGAAAUUUGGGACUGUUUUGAUGAAUUCAGUAAGCCUGAUGAAGUAUGAAAGAGAGAGAAGGAAAAGGUGCAGAGUGUGGGAGCAACGUUGAAGGGAGAGGGAACAGACUGUAUAGGAAGAGGGAACAGAUUGUAUGGCAGAGCUGAUCAGAUGGGUGUGCAGAGUGAAUGGAAUGGUGAAAGGACCUUCAUAGAAUUAUGGUUUGAGGGGUGCAAUACUUGCACUCCACCUUCCCCGGCCAACUCAUUACAGUUGAGUAAAUAAACAUGUACUAAGUUACAGUUAUACAGUUCUAAAAAUUCCACACACAAAAAAGAAAAUCUUUAUUGUAGAAUUCUUAAAUGUUCAAAGGAUAAGGAAUUAACAUAACUGUACAAUAGAAUUACAAGGAAAGGGUUUAUGUCCCGAGUCUCCUUAAAAUACACUUAUUCAGGGCCCGACUGGGGACAAAAUUCGGCCCGGGCAUUUCUUAAUCACAGCGGGCCACUGAGAAGGGGGCGGGGCCAGAUAGGGUGUGUUUUGUCAUCACAAAUGACAAGCACGCACCUGUCAAAGUGAGCAUGUUGGUUCAAUGCCCUUCAAGGACAGACCAUGCGCAAAGCUCCGCUGAAGAGCUCUAGCAUGAGAAAAAGGCCCUGUAUUUGUUCUGCACAGCACAAGCAAGUUUAAUAAUAUGUUUGCUCUGUGUCUCUGGUGUUUCAACUUGUCUCUGGUGUUUCCAUAAAUGGGAUCCCAGGAGACAAAAGGUCCAGGGAAGAGUUUUGUGCAUGUGUUUGGAGCCUACUUGUGGGAUUGCCUGUGUGUAGAGUGAGUGGAUUGUGGUGUGGUAUUGUGUAAAUAGGUUGGUUUCAGUCAUGUUGUGUUUGGUGUGUAGUAUAAUGUAUGUGUGGCAUUUGUUUCUUGUAAAUACAUUUAUAAUUUGAAAAGAACAGACAGGAUAAAAAAAAGAAAAAGAAAAUUGUGAGCCAAUAAGAAAAUGUGAUACAAAUGGUAUGCACUUCACCUUUGGGACAUAUUAACGAUCGAGCAUCUAGCUAACACGUAUUAACAGUUUGUUAUCAUGAUCACAGGAAAGAAGUGGUAGAGAGUGUGUGUAUAGGGGGCAUAGUGUGUAUAGGGGAUGUAGCUAGUGUGUGCAUAUGGGCUGUAGAGUCUGUGUGUGUGUGUGUAUAUAGGUGAUGUAGUGUGUGUAGGGGUUGUAGAGAGUGUUUGUUUAGGGAAUGUAGUAUGUCUGCCUAUAAGGAAUCUAGUGUGUGCAUAAGGGGCCGGUGAGGGAGAUCUUUAAUCUACCCUCUGGCCAAACAUGGAAUACAGCAGGGCCUGCGCUCAGAUAGCGUGGGCACUGCAUGGACCUGCCGGGGAGACCCUGUGACCUCCCCUGCUGGCCUCAACCCAUGGCAAUUGCGGCCCACAGGGCAUUUGCCCGGUGUGCCCGAUGGCCCGCCCAGGCGCGCACUUAUUCAGUACUGUGUCAAGGCCAAUACGUUGCUGUAAUCAGUUUUCAUUUAAAACAUUUUUUCCCUCUUUUAAGCCUUUAACAGUCACUUAUUAGAUACAUAAUUCAGUUAUUGCAGGAUGAAACUCCCUGAUGAAACUUUAUGUACAAUGUGUGUGCUAUGUGUAACAAACUCAGAGACUGCUAUCAGACCACUGCUUUUCAAAUUAUCUUAAUUUAUUUAUUUUUAGAGUCAGAAAAGAGGACCUUUCGAUUUCCUCAAUCUUUUUCCGUUCUCACAUAAGUAAUUUUUUUUUUUUUAAAUACAUUUUCAUUUGUUUCUUGUAAAUACAUUUAUAAUUGGAAAAGUACAGACAGGAUAAAAAAAGAAAAAGAAAAUUGUGAGCCAAUAAGAAAAUGUGAUACAAAUGGUAUGCACUUUACCUUUGGGACAUAUUAACGAUCGAGCAUCUAGCUAACACGUAUUAACAGUUUAUCAUGAUUACAGGAAAGAAGUGGUAGAGGGAGGUAAGCCUGUUAAGUAAGUCCAGGGAUUCUUAAAAGAACACAAUAGUGUUAGUAAUACACUAGAGUGGCUGUUUAGGUCACCGGCCCCACUCAGAUUUCAGUGAAAAGGUAUUUUACUCACCUUUUUUCCCCUGGUGCUCCAGUCUCGCCGAGGCUGGCUCUGCCUCCAAACUUGAUGAUCUCAGCCAAUCCAAUGCGUUCCCAUAGAAAAGCUUUAGGAGGCUUUUGCGCAUGUGCUGCAAAACGCCGCACUGCACUAAUCAGCAUCUCCUCAAAGAGAUGCCUUAAAUCAGAGCAUCUCUAUGGGAAGUGUUCAGCACCUCCAUGGCACAAUAUGCAGCACUGAGAUAGGAAGCAACUCUAGUGGCCAUCUGAGGGACUGCCACUAGAGGUGUUACUAGGUAGCAAACACAUAAUGUCCCUUUAAAUGGGCUGACAAGGCCUGGGUCUGGAGUGGGGCGACAAGUUAAAGGGGCUGCUAGGACUUGCUACUUUUGUUUGUUUUUCUUAACUUCACUGUAUUGGGCAGCUGACUUUCUAAAUAGCUGCCUGUUAAGCUUUGCACUGUGCAGAGUCAGGUGCUUCUCAGUCUUCCCAUAGCACAAUGAGCUCCUUCUACGUCUCAUACAUAAUUAUAUUGUGCCUGUACAAUCUGUAGUUAAUGUGCUACCCAGCACCCACUAAGGGCUUUUUGAUGCAUCCAUGAUUACUGUAAUGCAUACAUUGCAGCAGGUUACAGUAUAUAAUUUUGUGUCUUGACUUUCUCCUGUCUGUAUACUGGAAACCUUUGAAUAGAGCAGGAAGGGAUCUAUGCAUCAAAGAAAACAGCUCUCCUCCAGUCUGAAAGAUGACACCACUCUGGAUAGCAGACCAUAGAUAUCAAAGAUCUGUGUAAUUGCCCAUAAUAUCACCAAUAACUUGCCCUCAAUAAUUGAAGGAACAGUCCAACGUUAAAACCAACCUUCAAUAUAAAUCCACCCCCAACCCACCCCUCCCCCAAAAAAAUAAACUCUGCUUUUAUCCAACAGCAAGUCCUUAAACGAAAGUGCUUUAUGUGUUUGGAGUGCCCCCUUAAUAUAAAUUUUACAAGGAGAUAAAGUAAAUUUAACAGAGUUAUCACUUAGAAACUUAUUAUUUUGUAUUUUCCCCAUGAUGUCAAUGUAAUUCAUUUUAAUAGUAGUGUGUAAUAGUGCAUUCAAACAAUAUAAAAGACUCAAAAUUACCGCAUUUUAUAUAUAUGUAGAAAGGCCAUUAGGCCUGAAUUUGUGGGAGGAGUAAGUCCCCUACUUAAACUCCCAGCCCCUACUCACCGCUGCCGCUCAGCUGAUUGUCCAGCACUUCCGGUCCAGCUUCCCGCCAGAACUGUACCUGUUUCCAGCAGCCAGACGCCCUGUGCAAUCCUCCGUCCGUCCGAGGUCCUUCCACUCCGUUUCUCUCCGGUCGAGGUACCCGACUUCCGGUCACGAGACCGGUGUGUUCACGUAAGCAAGGCUGGGGAAUUAGCGUUCGCUAUUUCCCCGCCGUUCGGGCCUAAAAACGUAGGGGUAGGCUCACUCCUUUCGCAUUUUCAUGAAUACGCUUUUUUCAUGAAUAUCUCCAUUCGCGCCAAAAAACUCACGAACGUUCGGCUCAUUUCGCUAUCAUUUAAAGCAUUUUCGUACGGAAACUACCGAAUAUAUAUUUCAUGUUUAAGCUCAUUAUUAUCUGUAUUCACUUUUCUGUUCGGUCAUUUCAGCACCUAACUAUUCGUAUGGUAAAAUUCACGAACACCAUCUUACUAAAUUACAUUCGGUUAUUUCUAUUCUUUUAAGCUAAGCUUGCAUUAGUUCUAAUCACACUAUCCUACUAUUAUUUAUUCCUUCUCAUCAGUUUUGGUUACAUUAUCUGGUUAACUACCAGCCCUGUGUUUUCCUACCUGGUUAAACCAUUUAAAGUUUUUUCUGUAAAUAAACAUAAUAUUUUACCAUGGUUCAUAACUUCAUACGUGUCUAAAUACAAGCUAUACCAUUCUUUCCAAAUAACACUCAGAUAAGUCAUUUGAACUCUAUUUACAAGUUAUACCCAUUACACAUAAUCCGUACUAUUCCUUGCACAUAAAUCACGCUGUCACAUUUUGGCUUUUACAGAUUGCAUCGGUCUCUUGCUUUUCUGCAUAAAGUUGUUAUUUCAAGGUCCUUUUAUUACAGGAACAGGUAUGGUUUAUUAUCACUUUGAGUUAUCAGGUUUUAUCUAUUAUCUUCACAUCUAUUGCUAAAUAUGGAAUUUGUCUUGGUUAAACCCUUAGAUCCUGUAUUUAUCUAAGCUUCCACCGUUCCUACGCAGUUAACCUGCCACGAUUAAAUAAUCUCUGUACUUAAAACCAAGGUAUAGUUCACUCUCUUUACAAUUCUAGACCUCACGCGGUCUCAACUCCAUUACUACCUUCCCUCAGGCUUACGCCCAGGAUACGUUAUCUCUUUACUACUUGUCUACACAGACUUUCGGUCAUACGGCCAUCAGGCUCAGAAGACACCAAAAACCUGACCCGGUACUCAGCCAUACCUUCAGGUACUUACGUCCUUACUCAAGUACGUCCAUUCGCUACCCAAAGGCCUCAUUCUGCCUUCUCACUCAUAUCCAAAAUCAUCCCAUUCCUACACCUUUAACCUCCCAGAUCCCUCAAUGCAGGAUCUCACGUGAUGCCCCUAACAAACCUUCUCCCAAUACUAUUCAUACGACAUCACGAUACGUAUAAACACAUCAACAUCUGUCUUAAACCCCCAGGAUUCUUCCUCAAAGACAACAUUUAAGACAAGUCUCUCUACACUUAUCAGGAGGCUCCAGAUACCAUUCGCGACCAGUCAAGGUUAGUAUCCGCACACCACUCCAGUCCUUUAACUUUACCCUUAAGCAUACAAUCGAACUGGCUAUACGGCACAGGCUAAUGCCUUAGCCCACCCUAUCAGGAAAUCUGACCCCGCGAGGCCUACCACCCCCACCCCACCUCAACACGGAGGUACGGCCCCACGCCCAAAUCAUAGUUAUAAGCCUCGCAUGCCUUACUACAGGGCUCUAGUUAGGGCCUCACCUGUCACGGCCACACGUUUUGAUUUCUCUUAUCGUCACCGAGAGGCCAACAUCCCGCCACCACGUCUGUGGCACCUACGUCAUAAGCCAAAUCAUAGGUAGAGCCUCUCACCGCCACUUGGCAUUAGCAGGGCCUCACCUAUCCAGUCAUUCAUAAUUAAGUUUUUCGCCUCGGCAUCUAGUAUUAAAGUCCAGUUCUUCCAGACAUACCACGCCCCAUACCCCCCCCCCUUCUUACCUCACUCCCCUUCUUAUAUAUCUUUCACAUAAUCAUUCCUUUUUAGAAUGUCCCAAGAACCAAUUCCAACCGAAGAACCGAUAGAAGAAACACCAUUCACGCCAAUCAGACCCGUGUCUCCAGGCGAAUCACUUACGCUUUCAACCCCCACGUCCUUGAGAGCAUGGACUAUUCCCAAAAUCACGGCCGAACUUAGGCUCAGGGGAAUCCCCUUUCCGGCCACAGCUAGAAAAGCAGAACUUUACAGGCUGCUUACCCAACAAGUCUCCGAGCCUCGGCCGGGAACUAGCUCUCAAGGACAACCACCAAGAAACAGCACGGCAACCCAGGAUACCCUGGCAGAUAUCUUGGCCAAUCUACAGACCCUCAAUAGCAGGCUGUCUAAGGUGGAGAGCGCCAUCUCCUCCUCAGGUACUAACACCAUAGUCCCAGUCUCUACCACGGCUGUACCUGCCAUACCUACAUGUCCCUCUAUACUCCCCCCUCCAGCACCUGGCACAGCCAUCACACCUUUCGAGUCACCAGCACACUCCGUCCCAGAUUCUAUCAGGAAAGAUAUCCUAGACGGGAAGGAUGUGUGUCUGGUAUCUUUACUCAUAGCCUCUCAGGAUGUACUCGAGAACAAGGCUUACAAUUAUGGUGACAUCUCAGUGGUGCUCAAAACGAGGGAUCCCAGGCUUAAUAAAAAAUUGUCUAUCCCACAGUUUGUGAUAGCCUUUGGGAUAUACCGCGACGUCAUUUGUACGGUGUAUCCCCAUAGGAGAGAAGAGCUAGAUCUCUAUCUCCACAAGGUAGUGAAUCUAGGCAUCAAGUACGGGGGCUCUUCCUUCUAUGACUACCACAAGUCAGUUUCAGCGAAGGCGGCGACCCACCUCAAGCAGUUCAACAUUAGAAUGAACUGGGGUCAGAUGGACACGGAACUUUUCUGUCGCCACUUCGCUGGACUCAGGCCCCCGGCUUGUGCCAUCUGUAAUUCUACAUCCCACAUGGCGGACUUAUGUCCCGUCGAACCAGAUCCCACCACCUCCACUCCCACCCCUCACCCCACGUUCACACCUCACUCCUCUUUCACCCCUCACAACAAGCCAGCGGGUGGUCUCCGGGAUAAGCUGGGUAGGCCCAUCUCCUUUUUAGGUAAAGCACAGGUGUGCAAUAAUUUCAACGCAGGCUCCUGCAGUUUCAGCGCCUGUAGAUUAUUGCACAUCUGCUCCAUAUGUUUCAGGGCACAUACCAAGACCAUGUGUCCAGCCAGGUUGUCACCAAACAAAUGACUAACCGACAUUAAUAUCGACAACCUGGUUUUUUAUCUAAGGUCUCACCCCAGCAGGCACUUAGUGGAUUUUCUCACCACAGGUUUCUCACAAGGGUUUCACACAGGCAUAGUAGCCAUUCCCCCAGGUACACUAGAAUGUCCUAAUCUCCAGUCUGCACGUUUAGACCCAGUCGCUGUAGACAUUCUCAUUUCCGCAGAAACCACAAACGGUUUCAUGAUUGGUCCUUUCACCUCUUCACCGUUUUCCUCCUGGCGCACUAACCCUAUUGGUAUUGCUAUUCACAAAUAUUCUAAUAAAAAACGUCUCAUUAUCGAUUUAUCGGCACCGCACUCCUCUUUUGUUCCAAGCAUAAACGCACUCAUUCCAGCAGACGAAUUCUCUCUGCAGUACGUCACCAUCGACGACGCCAUACAGUCCAUCAUGACAUCUGGUAAUCGACCCUGGCUCAGCAAAACAGACAUCACUAACGCCUUUAAAUUACUGCCCAUACACCCCUCACUCUGGCACUUACACGGUGUUAAAUGGCGAGGGUAUUAUUACUUCUCAACACGACUCACUUUUGGUUCUCGAAGCAGCCCCAAACUUUUCGACAUUUUCGCGGAGUCACUAUGCUGGCUGCUUCUGAACGUCAUCAGGUGUCACUCCGUUAUUCACUAUCUAGACGACUUUCUACUGAUAGAGCCAGGGUCAUCAACACCCACAGCAAUCAAUAGUACUACCGCACUUUUUUCCACACUGGGAGUCCCUUUGUCCCCAGCCAAAACUAUAGGACCCACUACUAAGUUGACCUUUUUAGGCAUAGAGCUCGAUUCUGUCAAACUCAGAGCUAGCCUUCCACACGACAAACUUUCACGAUUGAGAGGGGAGAUAGACAUGUUCCUGCGGAAUGACGUUUGCACCAGGAGAGAACUUCAGUCCCUUCUUGGUUCUCUGAACUUCGCCAUGCGCAUCAUUCCGCAGGGAAGGUCUUUCAUUUCCAGACUUCUUUGCCUGCUCCACGGAGUUCCGGACUCCGGCACAGUUUCUUUGGACCCCCACGCCAAGGCUGACUUGGCUAUGUGGGGGAAGUUUUUGAAAGACUGGAAUGGUAUCUCCAUGUUUAUCCCCCCUCUCUCCACCUCUUCACCCAUCAUCCACACAGACGCAGCAGCCAACACCGGUUUCGCAGCCAUUUUCGGGAACCACUGGUUUAGGGGCCACUGGCCCACUGAGACGGAUGCCUUGCCAGGAUUCAGGGAGACCUCAGCCCUAUUUGAAAUUUACCCCAUUGUGGCGGCCGCACACACCUGGGGUCAUCUCUGGUCCGGCAAGGCAGUAAAAUGCUACUCAGAUAACUCGGCAGCUUGCGAUAUCAUUAACAAAGGGCGCUCAUCUUCCCUGACCAUCAUGCGGCUGAUUCGCAAGUUGACCUGGCUGGCAGCAUCCAAUCAGUUUCACUUAGUAUGUUCUCACAUCCCGGGUAUUCACAACACCGCCGCUGACGCUCUUUCUCGUUCUCGAUUCCAGGCAUUUUCUCAGGCACUCCCAGCAGCUCACCAACAGCCAUCCAGGACACCACAGUUUCACGAACUAAUAUUGGAUUAAGCACACUCUUGCUUUACGCUAGAUCACUCACUCACCAAGCACUAUCACCCAACACUGCUAUCACUUACAAUAGGGCACUUAACAUAUUUAACAAAUUCACUGCAGAAUUCAGGCUACAAGGUGACUUUUCUAUCCAAACCAUGGUGUCUUUUGCCUCUUUUUGCCACCUACACCUUAAUAUGUCACACAACACCAUUAAACUUUACCUCACCGGGGUUCAGCACCACAGCCUCACCAAUUUUCCUAACAGCACUCCUUUUUUGUCUUCAUACCCCAUUAAAAAGGUCUUGAAAGGUAUAUCAAAGGUUUCACCACCACUCGCAAGCACUAGAUUAGCCAUAGACGGGCCUAUCUUCAGGUCACUUAGCAAUCUCCUUGACACAGCCCCAUUUGAUAGUGACACCAAUACGGUGAUAAAAUCUGCCAUAUAUCUCGCUUUCUACGGUUUUCUCAGACCUAGAGAGUUCACCGUGAUUUGUCAAGGAGAUAUGGCACGAUGCCUUAAAACUUCACACCUCACCAAGGUAGAGGAUCACUACCUCCUUUCUAUCCCUACCACGAAAACCAACCGAUCAAUACAUCCCACUAUAAUUCCUCUCUUCCCUACUGAUAAUGCCUGGUGUCCGGUGAAAGUUCUCGACCAACUACGGUCAACUCUUCACACUCACCUGCCAGACUCUCCGCUCUUAACAUUACAAGGGCACCCGCUUACCACGGCUAAAUUGAUGUUACAUGUCAGAACCCUGUUAUCUAAGCUCGGACACAACCCGGCUGCAUUCUCCGGGCACUCCUUCCGCAUAGGAGCCGCCUCAGCAGCCUCUAGCACAAACGCACCGGUCCACAUCAUCAAAAGGCUCGGGCGAUGGAAAUCCUCCAUAUAUAAUACAUAUAUUCCGCAACCAGAGAAAGAGCUUCGCCAAGCUUUCAGGAACUUGGUCUUGUAAAAUGCAAUAAAGUGUGUAUUUUCUUGAAUUUAUCUUUUGCCCUCUUUUAUUUACAGGCCCACUCGUACGUUGGUUUCGGCACACCACAACCAACUUUGCUCACAGAUACUAUCCAUUACGUAUUUAAAUUCCGAGCACAAGUAGAAAGGCCAUUAGGCCUGAAUUUGUGGGAGGAGUAAGUCCCCUACUUAAACUCCCAGCCCCUACUCACCGCUGCCGCUCAGCUGAUUGUCCCCACCCACCUACACCCUGUUUUAACUACAUUAUCCUUGGUGGGCCCUCUUUUAUUUACAGGCCCACUCGUACGUUGGUUUCGGCACACCACAACCAACUUUGCUCACAGAUACUAUCCAUUACGUAUUUAAAUUCCGAGCACAAAUAUAUAUAUAUAUAUAUAUAUAAAUAUAUAUAUAUAUUUCUCAGAAUAAACAACAUUUCACAUUAUUCCGGGUAGUAUUUGUUAAAGAAAAUCAAUAUUUCUUUAAAAAAAAAUGAUAAAUAGUCAUAGUAAGAAGAACUGGUAAUAAAAAAUAAAAAAUAUACCAACAUAAACCUUAGUAACGCUUUUAGAAAGAUUCUUUCACAAUUUAAUACAGCAAAAAGGGCCUCUAAACUUUCCUCAUUUACAAUGAAAAUUACAAGACCAUGACAAAAGUGACCAAAACAAUUGUCACUUUUUGACAAUUUUUGACAACCAAAUAUCACUUUUUGAUUAGCAAUACAGAGAGUAUAAUAAUGUGGCAGAAAAGCGCUUUCUGAAAACUCUUAUCCCAUGAUGCUUGCCAUUAUAAUUGGCCUUGCAAAGACCUCUCAUUGAGCUUCAUUGGGAAGUCUGUAAUUUGACAGUGAAAAAGUCAGGGAAGCCUUGCAGAGGCUCCAGCCAAAAGAUCUGCCAUUUUUGCCAUAUGUUUUUUGAUGUAUAAAAAAUGCAUAAUUAAAUGCAUGCAUGUUUUCAUUUGGGAUAUAUCUAUAAACAGUGUUUUUUAUUUGUAUCUGGGCAAUGGAGUGUCCCUUUAGGGAUGGCAUCUAGUUAUAAGCUACACUUUACUGUUAUGUGUAAUUUCAUACUGCUACAUUAAUGUUAAUAUAUUUAAAUGUAGGUGGAUUGAAGAAUCUGACAUUUUUAAACUGGCAGUAUCACUUUAAAUUGUACAACUGUGAUUUAUCUCAGAGCCAAAUAUUACACAUAUUACCUUGGAAAUCUAGCCUUUCUCCUUGAAACCAUAAAUGUCAAAACAUUUUUUUUGUCAUGAAUAGCACAUCUUCAUAAAAUUAUGAGAACACAUGCAUCUGGGGCUCUACUUCAGACAGAUGAUAACACAGACUUACAUGUAUGGUUACCAGACCCAUGGACACAUAUCACUUCUACAUGUUGAUGGGCAGAGCAUGAAAGUUGUUGCUCUGAGCAGGGUGAGAUUUACCAUUAGGGCUAGCAGGGGGGAAAGGGGUGACAUUGCAGAUAGAGAGGAUGUAGUCUGCACCACUGUUGGGUGCUGAUCACAUUAUAUGUUCCCUCAUGGUCAGAACGCUUCUACAGGAAACCACGGCAUGGCUCUGUCACAUUCACAUUCAAUGAGAGAAAGUUUGAAGAAGGUGUUUUUACUAGUCAGCACCCAUCUGAGCCAGUAAGCAGCAUUCCCAGGACCACCACCAUUGCCUUUGCCUACUUGGAUCCUGUAAAACCACAGGGUAUUGUCUCUCAGUUUAUCCUCCUUCUUAGACCAGGUGCACCCCCAGAACAAUAUGGGGAAUAUAUCCCCACUGGACAACCAGGCAUCAUGCCCUCUCUCUUCAAAAAUGUAAGCAAGGGGGGGCGGGGCCGGACCGCCGAGCUAGCUGGUUGCAAACAAGUGCAGCUCCUGCAAAACAACGCCAAUUAAGCUGAAAAACCAUGCCUAAUCACCUUUAAAACGACCACCAGCAACAGUACCCAGAGCACAGGGACUGCUGGAUCUUGGGAGAGGCUGGCUCAUCGAGCUUCAGUCCCUGGGAGGAGAUGGCCACACCUCCACAAGCAGGGUCUUCUCUGGCGAUGAGUGGGGCGGACGGCCGCUGCCCCACUAUCCUGCACCACAGUACCCAGCUUGAGGCACGAAUCCAGGUGGAUCCGGACCCGUUCCCCCCCCCUUGGACCGGUGGGGGUGAUCCCGGUCCUCACCCUGUGGCCCUUCUUCAGAGAACACAAAUGGAGCUGGGGGACCCGAGAGCGGCCUCCAAGAUGGCGGGCGCCAUGUGCGCGGGAAGCAGGGGGAAGAUCUGCGCCAUCUUCGUGUUCGCAGCAGACAACAGGGCUCCAACACCCCAACCCUGCAACAGAGAGGGGCGGACAACCCACUACCUACCCUCGCACCCACACAUGCCGAAGUCGAGCGGUACAAGCGACCCCGGCAAGCGGAUCAUGGUGACCGCACUAGGGGGAUGGGAUGUGGCGCCACUACCUCCACACGAGGACCCACCUCACAAUCACCUGCCGCCCAGCUCGCAUCACCGCGACCCAGAUAACGGCAAACUUAGGCGAUUACAACGGAGCUACUACCCAGGCCUGACACCAGCCCUCAGAAGCAAGUUUCAUAACAGGCGGCGGCCAUGGACUAUGCCUAGAUACCUGCUCUGACGGACGCUCGUUCCCUGCUACACAGCACUAGCAGAGCAGGUAUCAGUUAAACGGAGACCUCCACCCUCCCCCGGCAGUGUGGGCUCGGGACCACCCUGACGCCAGCCUUCAUCACGGAGAAAACCCGGGUAAACCCCCUGAUACAUCAGGGUGCCAGAACUCUUAUGGUGACCUACUUGAAUCACACAAGCAAAUUCUUUAGCAUUCUGUUUUGUGUAUUAGCCUAAUGUACACGCAGUCUACACGGCACUUACAAGCACACACUCACAUAGAUAUCGCUGCCCUACAAGCAACGCACAAACCAACACACCACAUCCACACAGCAGCAUGUCAUACAAAGCCAAACGUACCCAACCAAGUGAGAACCUAUAUGACUGUAACCCUGACCUAGUUGUGCAUUGAUAGUUAUGACUGGAGGCUGAUACACGAAACUGUAUAUCUCCCAAUAAUACAUGGACCAACGACUGACCUAGCCAAUAAUGCAAACAGAGUGUAAUUCAUGUUUAAAGCUACCGUCCCAUGCUUAACUAAUACUCGCUACAUGACUCAACCUUGAUUGCCUUUCGUUAAAAGUGUGUUCACCUUAUUUUGUUUCAACAAGUAGCCUACAUACAAACCAUCAGCUUAAGGGUUAAUACUUACGUUAUAUGCAUAUUUGACCUAGCAUGUCUACUACUAAUUGCUAAGCCUGUGAUCUUCAUGUUAUAUAUACAUAUAUAAAAAAUGUGCUGUUUACAUUGCCACACUUUGUGAUACCUUGAAGACGCCUGCAGAUGCUGUUGUGGCCCUGCUCGCAUGUUGUUAACUCACGCACAAAUAAAAUAAAGAAUAAAAAAAAAAAUGUAAGCAAGGUUGGGGGUACACACUAUCCAUGGGGCCCUGGUGCGAAAACUGAUCCGUGGGCCUCUCGGUGGUUACACCGCGCAGGUCGAGCCGCAACACAUGGCGGCGGGCACCCGGUCGCAGGGGUUCGCAGGGUGGCCAAGCCCCCUGGAGUGACGGGCCCAGUCACAGCUGCGACCCCUGUAUGUACGCCACUGUACACAAACACACAUACAUACAAACACACACAGAGACACAUAUAUACAGACACACACAGAGACACAUAUAUACAUACAAGCACACAUACACACAGACACACAGACACAUACAAACACACAGAGACACAUAUACAGACACACACAAACAUACAAACACACACACAUGCACAGACAUACACACAUACAGACAGACACACACACAUACAUACGCACAUACAGGCAGAGAAACAUUCAUACAGACACACAAACAUACAUACAAACAAACGCACACAAGUAUACAAAAUGGGGUCUAGUGGUGGUUCAGCGUGAUGGGAGUCAACUAAUGGUUGCUGGUGUCAUCUCAUGUGAAAGCGCUGCAGCACUGACUGGCCACCUUGAAAUCCAUAGCCAUUGGGUGGCUCUAACAGCGCGGGCCAGGGCCGCAACACAUGGCGGUGGGCACAUGGUCGCAGGGAUCUACAGGGCGGCCCAGCCCCCUGGAGUGACGGGCCGGUCGCAGCGGCGACCCCUUUAUGUACGCCACUGGUUGACACCCCAUGUAUCACAUUCAGCCAUCCACAACAUAUCACAUUCAGCCAGCUUUCCCACACACUCGCGCACAAUGCAUUGACUCCACUCAGUCACAGGCAGGGGAGCUCUGUGAUACAUUCCUGCGCUCCUCUUUAUUGCUGUGAGUUUUAUUGCUGCAGACCUCUGUCUCUUCUCUUCAUACACUCUACACAAAUAUUAUGGUGAAGAUGCAUUGAGGAAACUGGCCUUUGGGCAGCUGAAAAAUAAAGUAAAUCUGUCCCUGGUCCUGAUAUACAGUGAACAAAAUUAUAAACGCAACACUUUUGUUUUUGCCCCCAUUUUUCUGAACUCAAAGAUCUGAGACUUUUUCUAUGUAGACAAAAGGCCUAUUGCUCUCAAAUAUUGUUCACAAAUCUGUCUAAAUCUGUGUUAGUGAGCACGUCUCCUUUGCCGAGAUAAUCCAUCUACCUCACAGGUGUGGCAUAUCAAGAUGCUGAUUAGACAGCAUGAUUAUUGCAAUGGUGUGCCUUAGGCUGGCCACAAUAAAAGGCCACUCAAAAAAGAACCAAACAGAACAGUGCCUCUCAUGUGGGUACCGUCCCCUAUGAUAUGUGCAUGGGUGCCUUAGUUUAUGGGCCUCAACACCUUAGGGUGGCAGUUGGACAAGUGUAUAUCGGUGUUCGAGGGUCAAUCUUCCAUGUCUCUUGUUUCUCUCUAUGGAGCCCCUGGGGAUGUGUACCUUACUGGCUUAGGUCGCAAUGAGCUCAACCCAUGCAGUCUUAAAUGGUCAUCCAGCUUCUCCCAAUAGCAGAGUCACCGUUUGGGGGGGUUUACCUCUGCAGGUGGCAGUUGGAGGCUCCACUUGUGUGAACAUAAUAGACCAAACUCUGUAAGAAAAUGUGUUUUUGUCCGUGUCUAGGCCCGGAAAGAGCAAGGCGCUGGGUCAGCUAACGUGUCAUAUCAGUGUUGGGUAUAGUGGAAUCCAGCCUGUGGUGACAUCCCCGCUGGGGCAGUGCAGUCCCAGUGGGUAUCCUUUCCAUGGAGUGGUAAAAAGAUAUUGGGUCUGGCCAUUUUAAUAUUUAUUUGUGGCAACUGCAGCACAUCCAAAAUUUACACAAAGUCUCUGUGGUUUUUUAACAAGUAAGGACCUUCCGAGGUGAACAUCAGUAGCCUUGUGGGUAAUAUCCAGUGGUAGCGGAUCCUUUGGCAGGCCAGGGCAUGGGUAAGUGGUUCCAUGGCUAUGUUUGAAUUGUGCUGGCUCUGCCCCUGAUCUGCCUCUUUGUCAGUCUCAGCUAAUCCUAUGGGGAAGCAUUGUGAUUGGAUCAGGCUACCACUUCUGAUGAUCAGCAGACAGCUUGUUUUUCUGAGUCAAACAGCAUGCAGUAAUAUAGUAAGGUUUUGCUAUAUUUAUGGAGGCAUGAGGGGCCCAGGGGGGCUAGAUGGUGGUUUUAACACUACACCCUGUUCCAAAUUAUUAUGCAAAUUCUAUUUAAGUGUCACAAAGAUUAAAUGUUUUGUUUUUCAGUUUAACUCAUGGAUGGCAUUGUGUCUCAGGGCUCUUUUGAUCACUGAAAACAAUCUCGGACACCUGUGAUAAGGUGAGCCCAAUUUAAGGAAAAACUACUAAAGGAGGGUGUUCCACAUUAUUAAGCAGAGCACCAUUUUCAUGCAAUAUGGGGAAGAAAAAGGAUCUCUCUGCUGCUAAAAAGAGUGAAAUAGGUCAAUGCCUUGGACGAGGUAUUAAAACAUUAGAUAUUUCACGAAAACUUAAGCGUGAUCAUCGCACUAUUAAGAGAUUUUUGGCUGAUUCAGAGCACAGACGGGUUUGUGCAGAUAAAGGCACAUUGAGGAAGAUUUCUACCAGAUCCAUGCAUCGGAUCAAGAUAGCAGCUGCUAAAAUACCAUUACAAAGCAGCAAACAGAUAUUUGAAGCUUCUGGUGCCUCUAGAGUCCCAUGGACAUCAAGGUGUAGAGUCCUCCAGAGUCUUGCAACUGUGCAUAAACCUUCUAUUUGGCCACCACUAACCAAUGCUCACAAGCAGAAACGGCUGCAUUGGGCAGAAAAAUACAUGAAGACUAUUUUUCAAACAGUCCUGUUCACAGAUUAGUGCCGUGCAACCCUUGAUGGUCCAGAUGGAUGGCGUAGUGGAUGGUUGGUGGACGGCCACCCUGUUCCAACAAGGCUACGACAUCAGCAAGGCGGUGGUGGAGUCAUGUUUUGGGCCAGAAUCAUGGGAAGAGUUGGUCGGCCCCUUUAGGGUCCCCGAAGGUGUAAAGAUGACCUCUGCAAAGUAUGUGGAGUUUCUGACUGACCACUUUCUUCCCUGGUACAGAAGGAAGAACUAUGCUUUCCGUAAUAAAAUCAUCUUCACUCAUGACAAUGCAUGCUGCAAAGAAUAACUCUGCAUCAAUGGCUGCUAUGGGAAUAAAAGGAGAGAAAGUCAUGGUGUGGCCGCCAUCCUCCCCUGACCUCAAUCCUAUUAAGAACCUUUGGAGCAUCCUCAAGCAAAAGAUCUAUGAGGGUGGGAGGCAGUUUACAUCCAAACAGCAGCUCUGGAAGGCUAUUCUGACAUUUUGCAAACAAAUUCAAGCAGAAACUGCCCAAAAACUCACUAGUUCAAUGGAUGCAAGACUUGUGAAGCUGCUAUCAAAUAAGGGGUCCUAUGUUAAAAUGUAAUGUGACCUGUUAAAAUGUUUAAAAAGUUAAAAUGUUGUUAUAAGUUUGAUUAAAAUAGCUUUUGAUUUCAGUAAAUAUGCUGCAAACACAACAAAUGACAACUUUCAGUUUUUUCCAACCUAUAAAGUGUUUUGCAACUUACUGUGCGUAAUAAUUUGAAACAGUGCAUUGUAAGUUUUUUAUGUUUUAAAAAAAUACUGUUAUCAUUAGUUUGUUCAAUAAAAUUUGAAUUGUACUCUUAAUAGUUGAUAACAUGAGCAUUAUGCUGACUGUUAUUUACAUAAAUUAUUUAGGUAAAUGAGAAAAAUAUAAUUUGCAUAAUAAUUUGGAACAGGGUGUAUAGGGUCAGGAAUACAAGUUUGUGUUCCUGACCCUAUAGUGAACUUUUAAGAACUUUUCUAAUCUGAACUUCGUUGCAGGCCUGGUCAUGAUAUCUGCUAUUAUCCUGUUAGUUGGGCAGUAAUCUAGGACCAUGCCACCUUCAUUGAUCAGGUUGCUUUAUAAUAAAUGUCAUAAUGUCUGGUGUCAGAAUAAUAAAUUAGAUAAGAAUGACUGUACUUGAAAUAUCCAAAGAUCCCUUUUACACACUUUGAAUCUAACAUCUUCCAAUCCUACUUAUGUGCAAAACGUUCUGAUCUAAAAAUCUUUAUUUUAGAAAGGUUUGAAUUUUUUUUUGCCCGUUAACAGAUUUGUUAUUUUUGUAGACUGUUGUUAAAACACCUGUUUUGCAUUUAAGCAGCAGUCAUAACUGCGUAUGUCCAUAAUUUGUCUGGCAAUUUACUUUCGAUUAACAAACAUCUUACCAUUUCAUAUAGUGUUCUCCAUUUUAGCUCAGCAGUGCCAUUUUGAUGGUGUGAGUAAGGUCUCAUGACUAAUACAUUGUUUGUUUAGUAGUGACCUUAUCUGAUAUAGUUAUGGAUGUUAUACACUUUAUGUUUCCCUAUGGGGCUGUGUCAGCAAUUACUUUUUCAGUGACUAACACAGCAUCAUUUUGUUUUUCAAUAAGUAUACAAAUACUGUUACAAAAUAGUCAUCAGUGAAUGCCAUGUAUUUUUAACAAACAAUAUUAGAAUCUUAGAAUCGUCGUUCUGAAUUCUGAAUUUAGGAGUCACAUUGCUCACGUUUAACGCUUUAUCGUUAUUUGAGCUUUCACAGUGCUUUUCAAUAUCUUAGAAAGGUCUCAGGUGUAUCUUAAAUGCUACAAAAGGGACUUUAUCAUCACAUUUUGUAAUAUGAAUGGAAAAUGACUUAAACAAGUCGGGCAAACCUUUCAGAAUCAUUGCAAUUAGCAAUCUGCAUUUCUUAACCCCUUAAGGACACAUGAUGGAAAUAUUUAGUCAGGAUUCCCUUUUAGAAACAUAGAAUGUGCCGGCAGAUAAGAACCAUUCGGCCCAUCUAGUCUGCCCAAUUUUCUAAAUACUUUAAUUAGUCCCUAGCCUUUUCUUAUAGUUAGGAUAGCCUUAUGCCUAUCCCACGCUUUUAUUCCAGAAGUUGUGUCUUUAAGGGGUUAAUGACUGUAAUAGCUGUCUCUGCAAUUAUAACAUAGUCCAUCACACUUUCAUUUAUGCCUCUCUGAAUGGACAUUAACUCAGUAUAUAAACUGAAUAUUCUAGGCUUUUCCUUGCCUGCAUAAUAAUCUCUCAAUAUUUGAAGCGCUUUCCUUUUAUCGCCAGCUACCUCCCUCUUUAUUAACCACAGAAUCUUACAAUUUAAAAACUGAAUAAGCUUAGCAAAUGCUUCCUCAUUCUUAUGUGUGUCUUUAUUCUCAGCAUUAGUAUCAUCACCAUUCACGAUUGUUUCCUUAAAGGACCACUCUAGGCACCCAGACCACUUCAGCUUAAUGAAGUGGUCUGGGUGCCAGGUCCUUCUAGGGUUAACCCAUUUUUUCAUAAUUAUAGCAGUUUCAGAGAAACUGCUAUAAUUAUGAAUGGGUUAAGCCUUCCCCCUAAUCCUCUAGUGGCUGUCUCAUUGACAGCUACUAGAGGCGCUUGCGUGCUUCUCACUGUGAAAAUCACAGUGAGAGCACGCCAGCGUCCAUAGGAAAGCAUUGUAAAUGCUUUCCUAUGAGACCGGCUGAAUGCGCGCGCAGCUCUUGCCGCGCGUGCGCAUUCAGCCGGCGGGGCGUAACGGAGGCGGAGAGGAGGAGGAGAGCUCUCCGCCCAGCGCUGGAAAAAGGUAGGUUUUUACCCCUUUCCCCCUUCCAGAGCCGGGCGGGAGGGGGUCCCUGAGGGUGGGGGCACCCUCAGGGCACUAUAGUGCCAGGAAAACGAGUAUGUUUUCCUGGCACUAUAGUGGUCCUUUAAGGUUCAUCAAUUGGAGAUGUCCUAAGGACUUUGUUUCCCAUAACUCAUAGUUCUUCUCAUCUCUAUCGAAACACAGCCAUUGGUUUCCAGCCUCCCUUCUGGGCCCAUAACCUGUUGCAAUCUUCAUGCUGAGGGUAGAAUAACCGGACAAGUGCAUACAAUAAUAGAGGAACACACCAGAUACCUGUUUAGAGCUUUAACAGUUUAAGAGGUUCUUGGGCAAAAACUUUAUUGUACCAUGGACAAAGAGCACAUGUGCAAAUCAACCAGUGUAAGCUAAAACAAUUGUACAGGCUGCACUGCUCCCAGGUCACUUAAAGGCUGGUUUACACUGCCCACUGUUCCUGGGAAGUAGCAUAAAAAGAGAAGAGGCAGGAUAGUGUAAAAGUGCUUUGAACUAGCUGGGAUGGUGGUGGGCAACUGCAUUGUGAAACAGUCUAGCUAGGUGCCUGCCCAAAGCUUCUGGUCCCCAACUCCUUUCUUCCUGUAAUUAAGUGCUAUGAAUGUAGCUUCUACUCUGCAUAACUUGCUGCCCUCACUGAGGUGUGCGUGGAAGUACAACUCAGCAAAGGUUUCUGGGGUUGUAGAUUUUUUUCUAAUAACUUGGAUUUGUACUUUACUUGCAGAUAAAACAUAAGAAGAUAUUCUCUGCUCCAUAAUAAUGCAUAGAUGUGGUUAUUAUUACAUGCUUUCUAAUUAAAGGAACAGUCUUCAUAUCAAAGUCACUAUGGUGAAUCAUUCUCAGAAACAGCACUGUUUACAUUUUGCAAUUCCCUUGUCUAUAAUCACUGCCUAUUGAACAGGAUCGACAAAGCGAUUCAAUAAUUGAAUCUAUUUUACAUUUGGUGUCAGUAUGCAAAGUAUGUCGAUGAAUGACCUUGUGUGCAUCCAGUGUUUCUCUCUGAGAGGCAUUUGAUUCAAUUUGAUUGCUGCUCAUGGCCUGUUUGUCCUCAAUAAAUAAAUAUAUUAAAUGUGUUAGAAAAUCUCACACCAUCCUCACAUGACUUGAGAGGUUAAUCUCUAUCUUGGAAAUCUGGUUCCUUUCGGGCAAACCUGUAGACUCUCAUAUUGCAGAUUACAGCAAACAUUAUGACUAAUGUGCUGGAUGCUUGAUUUAUCUGUCUGGAUCUGCACAACCUCCUUGGAUUCAUGAAUAUAACCAAAAGGCCAUGCAUGCCUGUCAGGAUUACAGAAUGACCCAGCACGUAGAAUUGUGUAACACAGAGGACUGAUAGGUAACGUAUACCGGACCUUAGAAUGGCCAGACUAACGUACCAAAGAAUAGUUAGGAAUAGCCGAGGUCAAGGGAAACAAAAAGAGACACAACAAUAAGGAAAAUCCAGGAGUCAGGGAUGCCAGAAAACAGGGAAGUCAAAAACAAUGCCAAAGUCAAAUAACCAGAAUUACCAGAAUCAAUAACGCGCUCUCGGACAACCACAAGGGAAACCACGACAGGGCACUGAGCAGGAUGAGAACUGGGCCUAAAUACCCCUCCUCUAGAUCUGAUAGGCUGUAACUGGCCUUUGACCCCAAAAGCAGUUACCAGGUUACCAUUUGCAUAAUUGCUGCUCAGCAUUAACCCUUCUGUGGAUUUGGUUGCUGCUCGGCACAACUUUUCCUGUAUGGACAGUAAAUGUCAUUAACCACAUUUUUAUAAGUGGAUGAAUACAUGACAUUACCCCCCACCUGAAGAACGCCCACCUGGCGGGCAGGACCAGGCUUGAGAAGAAAUUUGGCGUGAAAAUAGCAAAUCUUGCGGCCAGCAUGUAUAUCAGAUGCCGGAACCCAAGAACGAUCGGCUGGUCCAUAACCUUUCCAAUCCACCAAGUACUGUAAAGUGCCCCGAGAGAACUUGUAAUCAAUUAUGGAUUCCUGUCCAGAAACAACUAAGGGAGGAGGAGGGACACUUGAGACAGUAUAUUUAGUGCAAACAAGAGGUUUGAGCAAGGACACAUGAAAGGUAUUAGGAAUUUUCAAGGAGGCCGGAAGGGCCAAAGAGUAAGCAACAGGAUUGAUCCUACGAAGGACACGAAAAUGUCCAAGGAACCUAGGAGCAAAUUUCAUGCUAGGGACUUUGAGCCUGAUGUUACGAGAAUUUAACCAAACCCUCUCACCCACUUGGUAAACAGGGUUGGCAUCUCGACGUGUAUCAGCAAAAUGCUUGAAACGGUCAGCAGCAGUACCCAGAGCAGAUUGAACUUUAACCCAGGUAUUACGGAUGGAAGCCAGACAGUCAUCCAAAGCAGGAAUAGCCGUAUCUGAAAAAACAGCCGGUAGGACAGUAGGAUGCCGGCCAUUAUUAACAAAAAAUGGACUAGGCCCAGAGGAGUCAUGGUCAGCAUUGUUCCUGGCAAACUCGGCCCACGGUAAUAAUUCGGACCAAUUGUCUUGAGUGCUAUUAACGAAACAACGCAAGUAUAACUCCAAAGACUGGUUAGCCCUCUCAGCUGUACCAUUAGUCUGGGGGUGGUAAGAGGAUGAAAAAGACAAUUCAAUCCCCAAUUGCUUAUUGAAAGCCCUCCAAAACCGGGAUACAAACUGAGAACCUCUAUCAGAUACAAUAUUGUGAGGAAUGCCAUGCAGACGGACAAUCUCACGUAUAAAGAUCAGUACCAGGUCUUGAGAUGACGGUAAUUUCUUGAGAGGGAUGAAGUGAGCCAUUUUAGAAAAACGGUCAACAACCAUGAGAAUAGUGGUAUAACCAUUAGAACUAGGAAGUUCUACAAUGAAAUCCAUAGACAAGUGGGACCAUGGGACCUCAGGAACAGGAAGAGGUUGUAACAAGCCACAAGUGAGUUUAUGAGGUACUUUGGAAACCGCACAAACAGAACAAGCCUGCACAUACUCCUUAACAUCCUUCCUGAGGGAAUCCCACCAGAAUGAACUCAUGAUAGCAGAAGUGGAUUUAUUAAUACCUGGGUGACCAGCAGACACAUUGUCGUGAAACACCUUCAUGAUAUUAACCCUUUCCCCCAAUGAAACGAACAAUUUGUCCUGAGGUUUACCGCAGGGCGCCUGAGACUGAGCCUCCAUAAUGGAGCCAAGCAGCGGAGAGGACAAUGAAAGGAUAGUGGAAGCAAUGAUACAUUCCGGGGGAAUGAUAUGGGACUUUUCUUGCUCUUGUAUAGACUCGGUAUCAAACUGUCUGGAUAAGGCGUCAGCAUUGACAUUUUUAGAACCAGGUCUAUAAGUAAUAAGAAAAUUAAAGCGAGAAAGGAACAGAGACCACCUAGCUUGUCUACAGGACAAUCGUUUAGCAUCUCCUAUGUAAGCCAGGUUUUUGUGAUAAGUAAUGAUCAAAAGGGGGUCCUUGGACCCCUAUAAAAAAUGUUGCCACUCCUUGAGAGCUAGAAUAAUGGCCAACAAUUCCCUAUUGCCAAUAUCAUAAUUGCGCACGGCAGGAGACAACUUUCUAGAGAAGUAACCACAAGGAUGCAAUGGAGUAUCCUGGCUUUCCCUCUGGGAGAGAACUGCCCCUACCCCUGUCUCUGAUGCAUCAACUUCCAGUAUGAAAGGUUUACUGGUGUCAAGAUGUAUCAAUAAAUCGGCAGAGGCAAACCGCUGUUUGAGAGUUUCAAAGGCUUCUAUAGCCUCCUUAGACCAUAUCAAACUGCUAACCCCCUUGCGUGUCAUAUUGGUGAUGGGGGCUAUUACUGAAGAAAAUCCCUUUAUAAACUCUACUGUAAUAAUUGGCAAAGCCAAUGAACCUUUGCAUGGCUUUCAACCCAGUAGGUAAAGGCCAUUGUAGAACCGAUUCCAGCUUUUUAGGAUCCAUCUGAAACCCAGAGGCAGAAAUAUUAUAUCCCAAAAACUGUACUUUAGAUUUGUCAAAGAUGCAUUUUUCUAAUUUACAAUAAAGGUGAUUCUUUAACAAGGUCUGCAGAACUUGUCUAACGUGAUCGUGGUGAGUCUGAAUGUCAUGAAAAAUAAAUAAGGUUAUCAUCCAGAUAGACCAAGACAAACAAGUAAAUGUAAUCCCUGAGUACAUCAUUUAUGAAAUCUUGGAAAACCGCUGGAGCAUUGCGCAACCCGAAUGGCAUCACUAAAUAUUCAUAGCGUCCACUUCUGGUAUUAAAUGAAGUCUUCCACUCGUGGUUUUCCUUGAUUCUCACUAAAUUGUAAGCACUUCUAAGAUCAAGCUUAGUAAAUACUUUAGCGCCUAGGAGUCUAUCAAAUAAUUCAGCAAUAAGAGGAAUGGGGUAGGCAUUCUUAAUGGUGAUUUUGUUCAAUGCCCUGUAAUCGAUACAUGGGCACAACUCACCGUCCUUUUUAGAUACAAAAAAGAAUCCUGCCCCAGCAGGUGAGGAUGAUUUUCGUAUGUGGCCUUUAUUCAAUGAAUCCUUAAUAUAUUCCUCCAUUACGCUACUCUCCUGAGGUGACAGAGCAUAGACUGCUCCCUUAGGUGGCAUAGCGCCGGGUAGUAAAUUAAUGGAACAGUCAUAAGGUCUGUGAGGAGGUAGAGUAUUCGACUGAGUUUUGCUGAACACUUCUUUAAUGUCUUGGUACUGUAUAGGGAUUUCCGGGUUUUGAGGUGUACUAGUGGGUAAUCCAAUAGUGCCCACUCUUUUGGCAACAUUCAAUAUACACCUUUUAUAACAAUCAUUUCCCCAUUAGCCCAGUCAAUAUGAGGGUUAUGCUUGUUAAGCCAUGGAAAGCCUAAUAUGAUUAGACAGGAAGGGUAUGCAAUAACCUGAAAUGUAAUCUCUUCCUUAUGUAAGGCACCAAUGGACAAAUUAAUGGGUAAGGUUUCGUGUGUAAUCAAUGGUUGUGAGAGUGGUCUCCCAUAAAUAGCUUCAACAGCUAGGGGUGAUAUUCUCUCCUUGAUAGGUAUAGUAUUACCAAAUUGAACGUCGAUGAAGUUUCCAGCGGCACCUGAAUCCAUCAGGGCUUUGCAUGAAAAGUUCUUCUUUUCAAAGGCAAUAGAAAUAUCAAGGAGAAACUUGUUUUUAUCCAUUCCAGAGGACGUUUCCAUUACACCCAAGACCUGUCCCGUUAACCCCUUAAGGACACAUGACAUGUGUGACAUGUCAUGAUUCCCUUUUAUUCCAGAUGUUUGGUCCUUAAGGGGUUAAGGUGCAGCAGUUUUCCAGACGUAUGGGACAAUUGUUUCUCAUAUGUCCUUUUCUACCGCAGUAUAGACAUAGGCCUUCUUUUCUCCUAUAUUGUCUUUCUGCUUCCAAUAGUCUAGUGACCCCCAACUGCAUGGGUUCGGGUUCGGACUGUACAGGAAUUUCAGGGACAAUAGGUUUGGAGAAGUGGGGUGCUAAAGGCAUAUUCAUGUGUCUGGUCGUGUUUCUAGUAGCUUCUCUGGUUCUCAAUCUAUUAUCAAUUUGCAUGACAAAAGUGAUAAAUUCAUUAAGCUUGUUGGGUAAGUCUUUGGUGGCAAUCUCAUCUAGUAUAGUUUCAGAUAGUCCCUUUUUAAAUGCAGAGAUUAACCCACUAUUAGUCCAGUCUACCUCGGAAGCUAGGGUAUGAAAUCCGGUUCCCUUGUCUGAUAUGCACCAGGGCAGUAGAGACAUCUUCCUCCCUGCCUAAUGGUUCAAACGUAAGUUUAAAUUCCAUAAUAAACUCCUGGUAAUUGUGUGCCACACUCCUAUUACUCUCCCAUAAUGGAUUGGCCCAAGCUAAAGCUUUAUCUUUUAAUUGAUUCAUCAGGUAACCAAUUUUAGCUCUGUCUGUGGGAAAAGAUCCCAGUGAGGCCUCAAAAUGAUACUCUAUUUGGUUAAGGAAUCCCUGGCAUUCUUGGAAAUUACCAUCAAAAUGCAGAGGAGGAGAUAGAGAGAUAGUUGGUGCCUUGUAUACUAUAGGCUGAGGUACACAAGGCGGAGGUGAGACAGUAGGAGCAGCCGCAGGUUUCAGAUGCGCCGUACAAGUAAGAUGCAUACUAAAAGCCUGGGCAAAUUGAUCCAAGCGGUGAUCAUUCUCCUCUAGUUUGCUUUUGCAAGCAGCUUUGUACUUACACAAUUCUACAGGAUCUAUGGCCAUGUCGUAAUGUCGUAAUCCUUUAGUCUCUCUACACUUGUAACCCUGUGCUAUAGCACCUAUAGGUGCUAUCACCUGACAAGGGGAACACUGGUUAGCAAUUAUUUUCUCCUUUUUUGUUCCCCUCAGCUUUUUAGCGUUAUUUCCUUUUUUCACUUAUACUUAUUUUAACUAAUUGAAUUAAAAGUUAUAUUUGACCUAUUAUUUGUUAAGACCACUUUGGGGUUGCUGUAGUAGUACAAGAGCCAUAAAGGGACUCACUUAGAUACUCUUAUCAUUUCCUCUUUAGGCUAUCUUGUACAUUUUUCUUUUCCUUAAAAUUAUGUACCGCUUUUACACUUUAGUUUAUACUUGCAUAUGUUUUAAUACAGAUUUUCAUUUGACCGUUUGUAAUGUAUAUCUGUUACUAUUAAAGGUGCAAUAUAUACUACAAAAGUUGUUGGCGAUGACCCAUUUAGAAGUUGGUGAAAUGGAUUUUGGAGAAAUCUUAUCUACUAUGUCUCCUGGAUUGUCCGUCUGGCAGUUUCUUGAGUUAGUGGCUUCGCCAAAAAUCCUGCAGGGGAUAAGUCGUGAAAGUCUGAGCAUGGCUAUUCAGGAUUUGUAUGAAGAAGUCAUUCAGGAUGUGUUGAAACAGGUAGGAGGCGUUACUAUUUGUCUACAUAUCACCCAUGUCAAUGAAAAUCCAAAAUCCUAAACUUUGCCUAUCUGUUCAUUACAUUAUUGUGUCUGUGUAUGUCUGUUCAUGGUUCUGUAAUUAGCAUGCAAUCCAUCUGUGAAUCAAGGUUUGUGGUUGCAUCUAUUGUUGUCAGUGAGCUCAAUGGUAAUUAUUUAUGAUUAAUCAUUAAUUUCUUUAUUAACAUUGCCCUUUCCUGGAAUACACAUGUCUCUACUAAAUCUACUUAGUUAUCAUCUGAUGUAACUUUAUCCUGCACAUUUUCACUUCAUUGUAUUUUACCCACCUGUAUAUAUUUUAUUAAUUUAUUUAUGUAUUGUUAUUCUCCACUAGUUUGUUAUUUUAACAUUGUUUUCUCUAUUACAACCUGGGGAUAUAUAUUAUUUGUUUCUCUCUUUACCUUUAUGUCUUGUCCUGUACGCUAAAUUUAGUUUAGCCAUCCCUACUCCAUAUAUGUGGCUUGUUUACUUAACCCCUUAACGCCGGAGGGCGUACUAUUACAUCCUAUUUUAAGCGGCUCUUAACGCCGCACGGGCGUUACCCGAUCCUACGCCAGCGAUCGCAGUUGGGGGAACUCCCAGGGAGCCCCCCGUGUCACAUCCGACGUCCUGAAGCCCCCUUCCCCGGCCAUGUGAGAGUGAGGUCCUUGCGAGGACCUCACAAUCACAUGGCCGGGAUAGCUGGCUUCUGUACUGCCAGCAGGGGGGCUGGAAAUAAAAUUAAAGUUAAAAGUGUAAAAAAAAAAUAUAUAUAUAUGAUCUAAGUAUAUAUAUACACAUACACACACAUAUACUGUCUAGGUGUAUUUUAGUAUUAAUAUAUAUAUAAUUAUAUAUAUAUUAAUAUCAAAUUACACGUAGACUGAUACUGAUUAAAUAUAUAUAUAAUUAUUGUUAUAUAUAUAUAUUUAUAUAUAAUAUAAAAAAAAAUGUAAAUACGUUAAAAAAUAAAAUUUUAAAAAUAAUUAAAAAUAAAUAAUUAAAAAAUAUAUAGAUGUGUGUUAUUUCAUUCUAACUGUAUUGUGAUAUUAAUAUAUAUAUUUAUAUCAAAAUACACGUAGAAUGAAAUAAUAUAUAAAUCUAUAUACAUAAAUAUAUACGUAUAUAUCACUAUAUAUAUACCUAUAUAUAAAUAAAAAUAUUUAAAAAAAAUUAUAUAUAUAUAUAUAUAUAUAUAUAUACAUAUAUUAAUUCUACAUAUAUAUUUAUGUAAUAUUUUUACAUAAUUAGGUAUUUUAAUUAAUUACAAUUAGCGGGACCUGCCUGACAACCCAUGCCGAAAGUAUAGGGAAUUUAAUUUGCUAGCACUAUAUUUAACCCUAUAACUUUCCAAGACACCAUAAAACCUGUACAUGGGGGGUACUGUUCUACUCGGGAGACUUCGCUGAACACAAAUAUUAGUGUUUCAAAACAGUAAAAUGUAUUACAACGAUGAUAUCGCCAGUAAAAGUGAAGUUUUUUGCAUUUUUCACGCACAAACAGCACUUACACGGACGAUAUUAUUGCUGCAAUACUUUUUACUGUUUUGAAACACAAAUAUUUGUGUUCAGCGAAGUCUCCCGAGUACAACAGUACCCCUCAUGUACAGGUUUUAUGGUGUUUUCAAAAGUUACAGCAUCAAAUAUAAAGCUAGUGUUUCAUUUUCUUCAUAUUAAAAUUUGCCAGAUUGGUUAGGUUGCCUUUGAGACCCUAUGGUAGCCCAAGAAUGGAAAUUACCCCUAUGAUGGCAUACCAUUUGCAAAAGAAGACAACCCAAGGUAUUGCAAACGGGGUAUGUCCAGUCUUUUUUAGUAGCCACUUGGUCACGAACACUGGCCAAAAUUGGCGUUUUUUGCAUUUUUCACACACAAAUAAAUACUAACGCUAACUUUGGCCAGUGUUUGUGACCAAAUGGCUACUAAAAAAGACUGGACAUACCCCAUUUGCAAUACCUUGGCUUGUCAACUAUUGCAAAUGGUAUGCCAUUAUGGGUGUAAAUUUCAUUCCUGGGCCACUAUACAGUCUCAAAGGCAACGUAACCAAUCUGGCGAAUUUCAAUUUCAAAUGUAACGUGUUAUAUUUGACCCUGUAACUUCCCAAAACGCCAUAAAACCUGUACAUAGGGGGUACUGUCUUACACGUGAGACUUUGCUGAAUACAAAUAUGUGUAUUUUAUUGCAGUAAAACAAACAGUAUUAUGACAUUGACAGUUAAAAUGUCAUGUAGAACUAAAGAAAUUUUUAAAAAUCUUAUUUUCUCCCAUUUUUUGUCAUAUUAAAUUAUGUUUCAUAGCUAAAUAUUUGAUAUUAAAUGAAAGCCCUGUUUCCCCUGAAUAAAAUGAUAUAUAAUAAGGGUGGGUGCAUUUACUAUGAAAGAGGUGAAUUAUGGUUGGACAGACAUGUAGCGCAAAUGCCAGGUUUUGUUUACAUUUUGUUUUGUUCACAACAUGUACAUUUGGCUCCGUCCUUAAGGGGUUAAUUGUGUUAUUCACCUAUUAGCAUACCUCUAAUGUAUUUUCUCUGUAAUUUCUGUACCCCCUUCUUUUAUUAAGAGCUAAACCAAUUGUUUGUUUUGCUUGACUAACUGUCACUGUCACCUGUGUACAGAUGCAUCAUAGCUUUAUUGCAGGCUUAUUUGACCCUAUUAUCUUUCACCCACAGCCUGAGUUAAAGGUUUCCUACCUCAGACCUGAACAGAACCUGCACUCCCACACUGCCCUUCACCCACCUAAAUUCAGCACACACCUAAAGUUUCUUAACCUCUCACACUCCAUCCUCAGUCUCCCUACUCCUAGUUUAAUGUUCCAAAUCAAUCCUAUAUCAUUUUUCCAAAACAUUCCUAAACAAUCUCAUCUUGGCCCCAUCCAUACAAAACCAUCUCUCACGUCUUGCCAUUAUCACUCAUCAUGCUUCUAGAAGCUGAUAUCUUUCCCAACCCAGGGCCCUUUACCUCCUCUGCUCACCCCUUGCCCAAAUCAUACUAUCCUUGGUACAUCAAUCUUGUUGAAACCUCCACUGUCUUGACCUACAGCAACUCUCCACCAAACUCUUCUUUUUUUUUUUUUUAUAAAUUCUUUAUUUUGAGAAUUUUAGAGUGUUAUACGGGGUACAGAAAAAAGAAAACGGAGUAUAGGGAAGCAACAGUUCAUAAUGUGCAGUAUCAACACGUAGACAUCAUUCCUAAACUUUCGAUGUCCCCCGAGUCUGAAGUCCCAAUGAGCAUGUAUGGGCCGUCGGGGAGGAGCCUGUCCCUUCACCCAUAGAGGGAGAGGGUGCAGAGAAAAUUUUGAGCUGCGCCACUGGACCUGCGUAGACUAUGGCCUAAGUCAGUGUUGCAACUGUAGAGUGAGGUCGUCUGACACGUAACUUAUCCGAACCGUAAGGGGAAAGCUCAACUGGAGCUAACAUGGGAGUUAAGGCCUAACUAUGUCUAGGCGUGGUGAGAGGAAAAGAAGAAGAAGAAAAAAAAAAAAAAAUAAUAAUAAUUAGGUAUGUAGUAUGUAGGUCUCUAUAUGUCAGUGUAAUGUCUCCCUUGUUCUGAGUGCUUGUAGUCUGUCCACGUGCGUGCAGGAGGCGUGCAUAAGUGGUGGAGCCAUGCUCAAAAAUCUGGUGGUAAGAGGGUCCGGGGAUCCAAGGGCUCCCCCCUGACCUCCGUCCCCCACUCUCCCAACCGAUGCAGUCGUCUCAUGAACCAGGGCAGAUAGCUCAUCCAUCUCCUUGGACUCCUCUAUUUUCCUUCGUACUUCUGGCAGAGUUGGGAUUUCCGCCCUCCCCCAGUGCGCUGCAAUAGCCCGCCGUGUUGCGAGGGCUAUUUUUGCCACUAAUUUAUUCUGUGCCCUCGGUAGUGCUUCUAAGGGUUUGGACAGCAGCCAUGUCCACGGGUCUAAUGGGAGGGCCAUUUGUAAGGCUCUGGAGGCAACGUCAGCAACCGCCUUCCACAAUUCGGAUAUAUAUAUGUGGAAGGGGUAUGCCACUCAAAAAGCGUGCCACGGUCAUAGAGGUGGGCAUAAAAUCGAUUGAAUAUCUCCGCUAUCUGGGUCGGGUCGUCAUGUCGGUGCCCGUCCGGAGCCAUAAUCGAGGCUGUGCGUUUGCGUAAUGAUUUACGCCGCAACCUGUUCGCCAGUAGAGAAUCCGCUUUAUUGGAUUUCUCAUAGAACAAUUGUUUGGUCCAUAGGAGUGCUUUCGUGGAAUCCCGGGCCAUGAAUGCCUGUAUGGCUUGUCUAUGUGUCUGAAGCUGUGUAGCGAGGUCCAAGGUGGGAGUGAGUUUAUGUAAGCGUUCUAAGCGUCUGAGCUCAGAGAGGUGAUGUAUCAACUGUGCCAAUUUGCGCUUUUUGUGUGUUGUCCCCUCCGCUAUUAGCGUACCUUGGAUCACCGCCUUAUGGGCCGCCCACAGCAUACUAUCCGAGGGUACCGACCCUUUAUUGGUGGUAAAGAAGGUCUGUAUGGCCUGUCGGAUUUUUUCUUGUAUGAGGGGAACAUGGAGGAGUGUGGGGUUCAACCUCCAGUGCCACUGUCUGCUGGCCUGGGGGAGCUGGACCGAGAGGGUGAUGUCUGCAUGGUCCGACCAUGUGAUCUGCCCAAUGGAGGUUUUGUGUAAAAGCGGGAUCACGGACGGGGAUGUCAGGAACAUAUCUAUUCGUGAGUACGAGGUAUGGGGAUGAGAGAAGAAGGUGAAAUCCACUGUCAGGGGGUGUUGAAGCCGCCAGACGUCGACCAACCCUGCCCUCGUCAAGAAGGACUGCAGGAGUUUAUCUGAUUUUGCCACGGGUGGGUAGGAAGAGUCCCUCUGGGCCUGCUUCUUCCUGUCCUGAUCUGGGGCCGAAACCGCAUUGAAGUCCCCACCAAGGAUAAUGUGGUGAGAUGGGAAAAGGUUCAAGUGAGCUAGAAGGGCCUCCCAGAAUUGCACCGAUGGGGUCGUGGGGGCGUAGACCGACGUGAUAGCGUAUUUAUGCGAGCCCAGGUGACCCGCUACUGUCAGAUACCUCCCAAGGGGGUCUGCAACUGUGGACGUAAAGUGAAUGGGACAUGUCCCAUGGACCAGAACAGCAACCCCAUUUUGCUUGCCCGAGGGCGAGUUCGCUAGGUGGUACCCCGUGUAGUGGCGAUUGCGUAAAGGGAAGACCCUGGACUGCUCAAAAUGAGUCUCCUGGAGAAGGACGACAUCCGCCCCAGUCCUACUGGCCCACCGAAGAACCCGGUGCCGUUUAGCUGGGUUAUUCAAACCCUUACAGUUUAUCGAGACGCAGUUAAGCCUAAGCGGGGCCUUUCCUGCAGUGGGUCCCCGGUCGUUCGGAUUGUCCCGGACCCCCGGGGGCAUGACUCAGACCGACCGGCAAGCGAGGGGGGGAUGCUCCACUGCCACCUCCUCAGGUCAGUAGGAGAGGUGGAAGAGAAGAAAAAGGGGAAGAAGGGUAAAGGCCUGGGCCUAAAAGAGAAAUGCCAAGCCGCAAGGGUGGAUGGGCCUAGUGAGGUUAUGAGGUGUUCGAGUGCCCCAGGUCGGGGUCUCAAAGGUGUUGAAUGUGGGGGGAAAGAUGGGCCACAACUAUCAGCCCCUCCCCCCCGUAUGGUGCCUACUAUAAGUGCCUGGCACGAGAUUAUAAGGAAUAGAGAACAUUUUGUAUCUUAAUCUAAAACAGUGUGUGGUGCAAAAUGUCCAUUACCGGAACCGUAAGUGCAAAAUUACCUGUGUAAAGUCACCCUGAAGCUGUCAGGGUUUCUACGCUACCCGCUGUCAGUCUCAAACUGUGUGCCUAUUCUAGGACCCUCUAUAAAAGCCUAUCCUCCCUGCGCGCACGCCAGGGCCAGGUCCAGUGAGUCUCGAGGGUCGUUCCAGCCAUCCCGUGAGGAACCUCUACAGUGCUCGGGAAGUCAGCCGCAUACCCUGCCUCUUCCUUCCCCUCACUCCCCCCCUGUACUCCAGCAGCUUGCUAUUCCUGUAUCUGGUUCCACCUCCCAUGAUUCCCUCUCCUUGUGCAGUUCAGAGAUGUCCGUUUGCAAGUGUUUUUGUUUCCCAUUUUCCCCCCUCCUCCCCCCUUCCCUUUCCCCCUCUUUUUUUUUUCCCUUUCCCUUUUUGUUCCUUCUUUUCCUUUUUUCCCCUUUUCCUCCUGUUCCUGUUUUUUUUCCCCCCCCUUUUUUUUUUUUUAUUGUACUUUUAUUGUUCUUUUUUCCCCCCUUUUCCCUUUCCCACGUCACGAUUCGUGGAACCUAACACGCUGGCACACACACACACACACAGAAAAGGUGCCGUACCGGACCUUAGAGUGGCCGGGCUAAGCACGCUAAGAAUAGUCAGGAGACAAGCCAGGUAAAGGGAGCCAGAAAACAGGAGAACGAGAAAAAAGCCGAGGUCAAAGGAGUGGAGAAGACAGAAUAAUCGGAAUAACGAGCCAAGUAAUCGGUAACCAGAGAGCAAGACGAGAACACUACGCUACAGGUAUCACAAGACCACAACAGGGCACUGAGGGACAGGAAAGGUAAGUAUAAAUACCCUUGGUUUAAUUCUGAUUGGAUAACUUCCAAUCAGAAUUAACAAUCACACGUGGGGGAUAUCUAUACUCCCCACUGUGAUUGUGGUACUGUUUCUUUAACGCCGGGUCACUCACGUGACCCCGGCGUUUACAUAAUUCAUUGACCUCCCAGCGUGCAGCGUUAUACAGGCCGAGAGGUAAGCAGAGGGGAGACCGCGGGCGGCGAUGUAGUGAGGGUGAGUGCGGCAAGCGGCGUGCAGCCUCCCCUCCUAGCCGCCCGCGGAUCCCUGACACCCACUGUUUCCCCCCCCCCUUUUUUUUUUUGUUCCCUUCUUUUUCUGUUAUCUUUUCUCCUGUUUGUUAACUUUACUUUUCCCCCCCUGCUUCUUUUCGUGGUGUUGUUGUCCCCCCUACUCCCUCCCCCCCCUUGUGUCCUUCCUUGUUCCACCCUUUUCCCCUUUUCCCCUGUGUUUCCUUGUUCUGGGCCCCACUUGUGUCUGUCUUGUGUGCCGAUUCCCCCCCUUCCCUAUGCUGCCCCAGUGUGUUUACUACCCUGUUCCUUCCCAUCCCCUGACUCCUAUGGUGUGUGCGGUUGUAUGUAAAGUGCUCCCCAUGUUGGCUACCUGGGUAAUUGUUCUCUGAAGCUGCCCCCCCAUCCUCCCCCCAAGUAUGCUAAACUACAUUCCCAGUCCCCUCCUAUCUCCAGGCCUCCCCGCUCACCCCUACCGACUCAUACUCUAUCAUACUUAUGUCUCCGCUCUUGCAUCCACGGUUCAGGGUAUAGAGGCUUUCUAAUCUCACCAGUGGUAGGGAAGCAGGACCCGGGGGUCCAGGGACCAGCUGUACCCCCCUCCUACCCCACUAGAAGCCCCCCCGGCAGUGCCUCUCUCACCACUCCUGGAAUGUAAGACCCCCCGCCUCUAUCAACCCUAGAAUCCCUCAGUUGGCCUAGUACCCGAUGCGCUAGGACCCCCCUCUAACCCUCCCCCCCCGGGUGCUCACAGUUUAGACAGGUGAUUCAUGCGAGUAGCAUAGUCCCAACAAGCCACGCCGGCUGUGCGUCCGUCCAGGGUGAGCCGCCACCCCUCUAACUCUGCAUCUGCCGCUGUUGUCUUCGGGGGCUCUGCUCCAGCUCCGACGUCCUCUUCCUUGGUGUGCGUCGCGUCCCGUUGUCUGCUCCGUCGGCCGCCAAUCCCGGUCCUCUCCCCGCCCCCGUCGUCCUCUGCGCAGGUGGUGGCAAGAGCUCCAGGCCCAAGGAAGCCGCAAAGGGGGCCAUCUCCGAAGUACAGCUCAAAAUGAAGGUCUGUUCGUCCUUGCGGACCACCAGCUUGAACGGAUGGCCCCACAUGUAUUUGAUGCCAUAGUGGGUAAGCGUGAGCGUGAGCUGUCGAAGGUCUCUCCUCUUCUUAAGGGUCAAGGGUGCCAGAUCUUGAAAGAGGGCCAGAUUUCUGUUCCGGUAAGAUGGCGGGUUUUGCCGCGCUUUUUGUAGGAGCUGUUCCUUAAUAGGGAACCGGUGCAUGCGGGCAAUAACAUCUCUUGGGGUAUCCGGACUCAGGGUUGGAGCCCUGAGGGCCCGGUGCACUCGGUCCAUUGCCAGGUCUCUCUCCGUCGCUUCAGGCAGCAGGGAACGGAAAAGGUUGGUGAUUGUACUUUGCAGGGCAUCGUGUGUCACCGUCUCCGGGAGGCCCCGGACCCGGAUAUUGUUUCGCCGCGAGCGGUUGUUUAGAUCCUCCAGCUCCUCCUCCAGUGCCGUGAUCUUCCCGUGCAGGUAAGUAAGGUCUUGGGAGUGGGAGCUGGAGGUCUCAGCUAGGGCCGUCAGGCGAGUCUUUGCCUGGUGAGUGCGGCGGGACAAGGCCUCGAUGUCGGUCUUCAAAGCAUGAAUGUGCCGUUCCAGCUCAGUUGCCGUGUGGGCUUUGAUAUCCGCCGUGGCAUCCAGCAGGAGCGCCUGCAGGUCUCUUUUAGUCAGCGGGUUGUCGUCUGGCUCAGGAGCCGAGUCAGGGCUAGUGUCGUCCAUGCUCCCUCGGCAAGAUGGCCGCCAGGGAGUGCUCUGUGAACGAAACAACGAGGCCACUGACGGGUUGUUCUCCUUCUUUUUCUUGGGGCCCCCCAUGCCCAAGUGAUCCCCUCGGGUCAGGCAAGGUGGGGGAACCGUGUUGUACAGAAAGGGGGUGCCUAAGGCCGCAGAUGUUGGCGGAUUCUACUACAGGGGGAGAGAGAGCCGCAGAACUAAGCAGCCAUCUCGUACCAAGGCCAGGCUCCGCCCCCCCAAACUCUUCUUUUAUCCAACUCAAAGCUCAUCUGCCCUAGCUUUGCAACCUCCCUCUACAACUCCACCCUCUCCCUCUAAAUUAGAUAUCAUGGCAGUGUGAUAAGGUGAAUGGGGUGGUCUGUGAGGGAGUUUAUAUUUCGACUGACUUGUUCAGAGAGGCAUAUGAUUUUUAACCCCAGGAGGAGUGUGUUUUACGGUGUGUAUAUAACCGAAAUUAAUAUUUAGUUAUGGGCCCCUGGGGUGGAGCAUUUGGAGAGCAGGGUGGGCCAGUGCUCCACUCCGCAGUUUAGCGGUUUUCUUGGGAGACAUAGAUCCAGGCCAGGGUUUUUGAACUGUCUCCAACCCACUGCUCAGCUGCAGGUAAUCAGCUGCAGAAGUGGGAAUAAACCCCUCCCUGCUAGGCAGGUAAUGGAAGAAUGUUUGUUUUCUCUCUUGAAGAGCUGACAGCAGCAGGCUGAUUAAACACUGGAGUGCUGAGAGCUGACAAAGACACUAGGUUGGUGAAACUAAUAUUAUUUUGUUAUAGCUUAACCCUGACCGAUAGGGGAUCUGAUGUUAGUUAGUGUUCAGACGAGCUAGGUUUUUGUUUAUAGGGAUUUUGUUACAUUAUUGUUUUGUUUUUUUUCAUCUACUGCUGUCUCCUGUGUGGAUUUACAAAUAAAGUGCUUGGAAUUAAUUUCCUUUUAAAGACUAUGCCUGUUUGUACCCAAAAGGACCGUGCUACCUGCAGACAAGGAUCACAGCACCUUAAAUAUUGUAAGUGACCCAUUAUAUUCAAAAAUGCUCCAGAACUGCUGAAUGCUGCAGGAGAAAGUCUCAUCCUGCAUUUGACUUCCUCCUCUAUAAAUGUAUGCUAUGCUUGUUCUUCAAAACCCUCAUACCCACCCUCUGGUGGAGGUUAACACAGUAAAGGAGUUCAAGCAUGUGUGGGAUAGGCAUAAGGCUAUCCUAACUAUAAGAUAAGGCUAGGGACUAAUGUAAGUAUUUAGAAAAUUGGGCAGACUAGAUGGGCCGAAUGGUUCUUAUCUGCUGUCACAUUCUAUGUUUCUAUGUUCUCUACGAAGUACCAAUAUCUCUCAAAAACCGGCCUCCCUCCUCUGUUCUAUGUUCACCAAUACCCACUAUGCCAGCAAAGGUUUCGACUCUGCUUUGGUCCUCCAGCCCCACCAAUUGCUCCCUCGAUCUUAUUCCUUCACAUCUCACUCACGCUCUGUUUCCUCUUCCUCUAAAAUAUUUAAUCUCCUCUGGCAUAUUUUCUUCACCCUUCAAGCACACAACCAUCACCAUGAUUUUAGAAAAGCCCAACCUUGACCCUAACUCACCAUCCAACUGCCACCCUAUCUUGCCUCCAAGAUCCUCAAGAGAGUUGUGUAUGCUAGAUUAAAUCCAACUCUCUACUUGACCCACUACAGUCCGAUUCCACGCUCAUCACUCUGUCGAAACUGCCUGACCAAUGUUUACAAUUAUUUAAUUUCUGCUAAAUCCAUUGGUUACUACUCAUUAAUUCUCCUUGACCUUUCUGCUGUUUUCAAAACUGUUAAUCAUCAACAAUUUAUCAUACUACAUAAUCUUGAUUUACGUGAUUGUGCUCUUUCCUGGUUUUCCUCCUCCCUCUCCCAGCACUCUUUCAAUGUUUCUUUUUCUGGCUUUUCCUCUUCUCCACAACCCCUCUGUGUUGGUGUUCCACAAGGUACUGUCCUUGGUCUAUUCCAGUUCCCGAUCUAUAAUGCCUCCAUUGGUAAACUCCCCAGCUUUUUUGGCUUCCAAUAUCAUUUCUAUGUGGAUGACACACAACUCUAUCUUUCCUCUUCUGAUCUGUCGAUGUCCCUCUUGACUUGUGUCUGUGACUGCCUCUCUGCUAUUUCUAACUGGAUGGCUGCUCACUUUCUUAAACUUAACCUGUCCAUAACAGAGCUUCUCAUCUUUCCACCCUCUAGUGUUGCUACUCAUGUAUCUGCCUCCCUCUGAGUCAAUGGCACUACCAUCAGCUCUACCUCACAUGCUCACUGCCUCUUUGACUCCAACCUCUCUUUCACCCCUCAUGUUCAGUCAGUUGCCAAAUCCUACCGCUUUCAUCUCAAAAACAUAGCUCACAUCUGAUAGGGCCUAUGCGGCUAAGGAGCAGGUCCAUGUCGCUAUAUUCUCUCACUUUGACUACUGCAAUCAUCUUCUCAGUGGUCUUACAUAUUGCCAGCUUGCACUGUUACAGUUUAUAAUGAAUACAGCAGCGAGGCUCAUUUUGCUAUCUGCCCCACCUCCCUUCUAUUAGUCCUUACAAUGGCUUUCUGUAAGAUUUAGGGCUGAAUUUAAAAUAUUCUGGUGCUAGCUUACAAAUCUCUAGUUAAUGCUGCUGCUCCCUAUAUAGCCUCACUAAUACACUAGUAUGUCCUAUCCAGUCCCCUACGCUCUGCCAAAGAUCUGCGUCUAUCCUCUGUUCGCAUUUGCCCUACUGAUGCCCGCCUUCAUGACUUCUCUAGGACUGCACCUUUCUUAUGGAACUCCCUUCCCUGCUCUGUUAGACUUUGUCUCAUGUCCUUCUUAUGGAACUCCCUUCCCUGCUCUGUUAGACUUUGUCUCAUGUCCUUCAGAAGAUGGUUAAAAAUCACUUCUUUAGGAAAGUAUAUAAAUUAAACUGUUCAUAAUUUUGGCAACCCACCCUGCUUUCUCUCCUCUCGCAACUGUAACAUACAAAAAAACUGACCCUUCAUUGUAAACUAUUCUAGUAACCUACUUUUUACAUCACAUGAAUUAUAUUCUAAUCUUACCUCUUGUGCCACUUUACCCCACUCCCUUUGGAAUGUAUGCUCGUUUGAGCAGGGCCCUCAACACCCUGUUCCUGUGCGUUCACUUGUCUUGUUGCAAAUACUUGUCUGUUAGUUCAUCUGUUGUACAGCUCUGCAGAAUUUGUUGGCACUUUAUAAAUAAUAACUGGUUAUCUUUUUUUCAGGGCUACCUUCUUAAGAAAGGAAAUUUACGGAGGACGUGGACUGAGCGUUGGUUUAUACUGAAACCCAGUUCCUUGUGUUACUAUGUUAGCGAGGAAUGUAAAGAACAGAAGGGGAGUAUUAAUAUAGACAAAGACUGUGGAGUUGAGGUUAGUAUUUUCAUACAUACAACAUAAACCUGCAAAUAAUAAAGCAUUUUUGGAAAAAUUGAUAUGAAAAGACAGUGACUUAUGCUAGAGAUUUAUUUCUGGGUGGUGACAGGGAAUAAGUUUACCUGUUCAGUAGCAAACAACCUUUAGGUCACGACAUUCGCCCACACCUCUUACGCCAAACCACCGGAAUACCGGAAUACCCACAUAACAGUAACAACUAGACGCACCGCUCAAUGCCCUAAGGAAACAAAGACCCACACUGUACCCAGAGUCAUUGAUGAUGAACCGAACUCCGGACAGAACUAGGAAGAACUACGGGCCAGUAUAGACCCUAGAAGAGGACACUGGCCAAUUACACAAACCCCUGCACGAAACACCAGUUACAGACACCCACCUUAACACAUUCAGGGUUCACACAUGACAUGCUCCUGAGAGGAUGACCACCGAAACACGUUAGAUUGCCUGUCCCUAAAAGCAAGGUCGCUAGUUAAGGUAAACAACAUAACACCUGCACGGGUAAAACGAACCGCGAGUAGAACCUCACAGAAAUAGUAUUGGCAUAAACAGAUGAGUCACAAUAGUUAAAUAAUUCUGCACCUCUCCUUGCAAGGUAGUAAAGGACCAAACGCAAAGCUCGACUAUUACCUUUUCAGUUUUGUUACAUAAUGCAAUGGACUGUUAACCAGUGUUUAAAUACGAACUGCUUUUCCCACAAAAAUGCUGCACAACGGUCUUUCAAAUGCCUAACUCCAUACUUACUGAUACCCACCAUAUGUAACAUCGUACAAAACAGACACACGCUCACUCUAAAAUAAUGCAAACCCGCUUGAACCUACACGCCUCUACGUAGGCAAUCACAUGCUUUCACAACUAUGUUACGACAUGUCAGCACUACCUUUCUCGUUAAUCAAUUAUGAACCGUGUGACGCUAUAUGAUUUUGCUUAAAGGUUGAUGUAACAGGUUACUAUUCCUAUAAUAAUACGAUGUGCCACAAUCCUACCCAUCCUGAACAUAGACGCUGCAUAGCUAUCCCCACAUAACUUAGUAGGUAUCUACCCAUGCAGUAAGAAGACCUAACCUACUUUAAACUAGAUUGGUACAGAUGAACCACACUAUGUUUUAUCGACUACAUGCUGUACGUUGCAGUAUUUUUCAUUUGCAUAUAUGUUUAGCACAACAAUUUGCACUCUAUAACCACUAAAUGAAUAUGUUUUCAAAUGCUGUAAAAUGAGACACCGUUGUUGAAUUUUGAAAGAUGAAACAAUAAAACAAUUUAACACAAACAUCCUUUAGGGUGGAAAUGUAAAGUUAUGGGCUCUAGCCCUUAUCCUACGUCUGGAAGUAUAUGCAAGUUGUCUUUCCUCCAAGUAGUGCAGUAGAUGAUUUAGGUGAUGGUUCACAAUUGGUUGAUCACUUGCUAAUGAACCUUCAGUAUUCCUAACGCUAUAGUGUUCCUUUAAGCAUGGCCACUUCUAAGGACGUGUAAUAUGUGCAAUUAUCUUUCACAUAAUUGUCUUAGAUGUUGCAUGAUUGGUACACAUUAUCCUGACAAGUACUGCUGCAGGCAGAUAGUUGAGCAUAAGAGCCACUGUGCCAUACCCAGGGGAGAUAGCCAUGAACAAGUGGCGAAAAAGCCCACAUUGGCAUAUAUGUCAUUGCUCCUGAGAUUUUCUAGAAAAAUAUCUUGGACCUGAUAAAGAGUACAAACAUUGGAUUGAUUUACUGAAAAUUGCUUGUCAGGAAAAGGGGCACAACUAAUGAUGAAAUAAUGCCUUCCUACGGGGAAAUCCUAAUGUGAGCGUGGCCAUUGCCACACAUGCACAUUAGGUCUCCCCCGCCAAUGUCAGUAGAGAAGGCAGACCCCCGCCAGCACCGAGGGACAUCAGCGCUGGACCCAGGUAAGUGACAGAAGUGUUUAACACCUUCUGCACCAUGGGGAACACUUGACAGUGUUUGUUUUCUUUUAAUGGGUCAAUAUAAAGAGGGGAAAAAAAAAAAACACAUUCUACAAAUGGUUAAUACAUUUUAGCUAUACGGACAUGCAUAGAUUCUAUAAAGGGGGAAGUUGGACCCAACAUUUGUAUGAUAUACUUACAGAGCUUUCCGUAAACAUUCACACACUUUGAAUGUUUCCAUGUUUUGUAGUGUGGAGUUAGAAUAAAUGUAAUUAGGAUUUUUACAACUGGUAACAUAAUCUGACAUGUUGAUCAAUUAGAUAUAUGUUGAUCAACUAGACUACUUAGUCAAAAAUCGCUUGAUUCAGUUCAGCGCUGGAUUAAGAAUUUAUUGGGCUUGAUGCUAAUGAUUUUGAUGGGACUAAUUACAGAAUAUUUCUGAUAAAAAAAGCAUAACAGUCAGACCUCCUGAUCCUGAGUAUCUUGUAUCUGAUGGAGGUGGUGCUAGAGGAACGCUUGCAGGAUGCAUUCUUAAGAAUACACAUACCUCUCUUUUCCAUCUCUAAGCCCUGUCAUUCUUUCCAUCUUACCUGGUCCUGAGCUCUCAUCUCCUUUCUCUCACAAACCACAAACUCUGUAUCCUCUCUGUUCGGGACUCACUUUCCACUCAAUUCCUUUCCUUCUUCUUACUUGAAGAUUGAUCCUGGCAUGAAGCAAGUGACAGAGAAAGAGAUGGAUAUAGUGAGAGUUGCCGAAAUGAGAAUAUGCUGCAUUGAUGGUGCUGUGAAAGAGAGAGAAGCAGCAUGAGUGUUUCCACUGUGUGCAAAGUCAACUUUAUGUAAACUCUUUUAUAGCUAGCCACACAAGUUUAGAUCCCCUGCAUCUCUUCUACGUUCCCAUACAUUGUUCCUUCUGUACCAUAGCAUGUGAGGAUUGUGACGUGGGAUCAAUCGGCCAAUUGCAUGACCACUUCAUGAGCUGCAGCUCCAUUAGCCCUUAUGUUAAUCCAUCCCUGAUUCAAAUGUGCAAAGCUGGUAUAGAGUUACUCCUAAAGAUCCACAGCUGCAGUGGUUAGGUGGUUCUUCAAUGUACCAACAGAGUUUAUGCCAUCAAAUGUUUUUUUUCUUCUCUUUAACUAAACUUGGUGUCAUAUAAAAAAAUUCAUGUUUAAAGUGAGGUUUCUUACUUUAAUAAAUAUCACAAAUUUGAGUCUAAUUCCUAGUUGAAAACUACAAAUUGUGAAAAUGCCCAAGGGGCAAUACUGUUUUUAUCUUCAUUUCAGAACAGAUAUUCCCAUUUAUUUUGUCCUCUAGACCAGUCAUUCCCAAACCAGCCAUCACGCCCCAGCAUCAGUCCAGGUUUUGUCACUUUAUCCAUUGGAAUAAAAGUGCCACUGCUGUAGACUGUAAAUUUGUUUGAGCAGGGUUCUCAUCAUUCCUGUAAUAUUUUGUAAUUCUCCUUUAUUGUUAAAUUUCCUCCUUUUAUAUGAUUGUAAAGUGCUGCAGAAUAAGUUGGUGCUAUAUAAAUGUCAAAUAAUAAUAAUAAUUAACUUUUCCUCAAAGAAAGUAUUCAGAAAGUAAUGCAGACUGUUGCAGGGGUCAUUUCAAGGUCUCUUGGAUAUCUUACUUCCUGCCAAAGAUUAAACUUGCUAAACAUUUUAACCAUCUCAUUAAAACCACACGUUAUAAAAGUGCUGAUGUCAAAGAGAAAUCAGACUUUUAGAACUAAAUAAUGAACUCCCCCUGGCUGUGAAUCAAAUAUGAAUUGACAGGCUGUGAAUAAAAUAUGAAAUGUGAAUUGACAGUCACGCAUUUCUUGAAUGCUGUGCAGUCUAUGCGCACGAACGAACAGGUGCGUACACGGAAUGCAGCUACAGAGGUUUCUCAUUGACAAGCCUUUGGUAGGAUAUUUACCUGAGAAGAUACUAUUAGUCUUGUGACGGACCGUCUAGCACCCAACUGGGUGCCUCCGCCAAUCGCUGCUUCCUAGUAGCCUGAAGUACUAUAAGCACUGCACCGGACACCAUAAGCACCACAGCCACUUAGCCGCCGUAGCUUGGCUGGGGUCUCGGUGUCCUCCACCCACCCUAGACCCAAGCCCAGGAUCAAGCUUCCAGUGAGUGGACCUCUCCUACUCCAGAGAGUCUAGCAGGUAUCGCUGUGUAGCUCUUACAAGAGCUAGUGAUUAUAGCCAGUAUAGCAAUCCGAAGCAGGCAUAGCUGGUAUAGCUGUUCCCUAAAAUCACGAGACGAGGCUGCGUGUUGAGGGUGAAGUGAACUGACUUUAAUGGGGCCACACUUGGCUUUUUAUGACAGUCCCCAUGCAAGGAGCACUCCCCCCUGGACCUGAGAGUAAACCACAGUAGAAACAAAUACACAAUCACAUUGGCGCUCAGAUCCAGGACACUCCCAUACAAACUAGGUCAAUUCCUCCUCUGUACCUGGGAGAUAAUUGAGUAAAGUACUGUAUUAACACAAUUAUCUCCAGACACAAAAACACACAUUUUUAUAAAAACCCCAAAAUACCUUUAAAACAUGCAAAACCCACACAAAGCCCUGAUCUGGGUAAACAACAUAUCCAAAAAUCACCCAGAUCGGUUCAGGAAUUUCAUGGAAGUCAUAGUUUUGGCCGACCGCACGCAUGGUCUUAUGCCCAAAACAGUUGAAUAGAAUUGCGGCUAAGUGCCGCGUGGGACCGGCCAGGAACCGCAAAGUUUUCAUGCCGAAAAUAGUUCCAGGGCAUUUCCGGCUAAGUCACCCUGAAGUCUAUUCGCGGUUUUGGUCCAUGCGAACGGCCGCUAGUGAGCUAGCGUUCUGUUCCGUGGAAAGUGCCGAACCAGGGGGAAUAAAAUAUGGGUCUUUACAGUAGCUGACCUGGCCCAUAGUCUUUUGGCAGGAGGCUGGCAAGCAGGCCCCUCCAAAAGCCCGUGGUGAGGUUCACAUAUCUUCCUGAGAGAUAGGAGGUCGCUCCUAAGCCCUCCCUCUUCUUCUUUGUCUAUGGAGUUUGAGGAAUGGUAGUUGCUAUAGCAACCCAGCUGACCAUGUGACAUAGGUCGGACCCGCCCCCUUUUUUCCCCUCCCACAGCUCCCCCUCCUCUUGGUUGGGUAGUCUCCGGUGCCAGGCUCUGUCCUGUCUGUCCCAGGUUGCUGUGUGGGGGUACGUCACCCUUGGUCACUUCUUUGCUCCCAGCCUUGGUUCGCUGCUGUGGGGAGGGAUCAUCUACCUCCUUCCUCUGGUAUUCCGGCUGGGGUUGUUGGGGGUCUGAGACGGCUGUCCAGCAUCCCUGUAUGUCUGGUGCAGAGACCACAGUCCCAUCUGCACCAUUGGGCUCAGGGGUGCUGUCCCCCUGUAGUUGGGGAGAAGGGCCAGUUGUCUCCUCUCCCGGUACAUCUGGCUGUAGUUGGGGAUCUGCGCAGCAUCGCUGUGGGGCCGGUAAACAGACUUUGGUCCCAUCUCCACCUGCCAGUUGGGGUUCCUCACAGGACCAGUCUGUAAGGUCCCCCUGUAAUUGGGAAGAGGGACCAGUUGCCUCCUCUCCCUGUAAGAUAAGCUGCCAUUAGGACCAACUGUCCCUACUCCCGGUAACUCCGGCUGUAUUUGGGGAUCUUGGCUAGCUGCCCAGCAUCCCUGUAGGGCCGGUGGAGAGAGACCACGGUCCCAUCUCCACCUACCGACUGGGGGUCCUCCCAGGACCAGUUGAUGAGGUCCCCUACUUCUAGAGCUGGUAGUGAGACAGGGGGUACCUCCGCCAGGUCUCCCCAGCUUUAGGGUGGUAGGUCUGGGUCCACCACCGAGCUCUCCUGCUCUGCCUGCAGGGUACAUUGUGGCCAAAUUGAGCUGAGCAGGUGUUGGUAAUCCUGCUCCAGCUCCCAUUCCAGGGUGGCCAGAUUGAUCAGGUCUGGCUCUAUGUCGCCAGCUCUAGGGAGAUCCAGCAUGGCUUCCCUGUAGUCAUGUAUGUCCCAAAAGCAUGACUCUCUAGCACUCCCGAACUCUGGUUUGGCAAAGGGCCCCCCAUAACAGGGCAGGGCCAUUGUACUCCUUGCCCUCGGGCCUGUCGUGCGUAGCCAUCCAGGGAGCACGCUGAAUCGCGUACCACCAUAGCGCCUGGUACGCGUCGUCGAGCCACAUUUCCUUCUCUACCAGUCUCUCGAGCUUCUUCACCCACUCAUCCAGGGGCUGCUUUCCCAGGAGAGGCAUCCGCAGCGCCACUCGUACUUGUAGUCGCUGCUCCUCGCUGGGGAGACUCUCACCCAUCCAACGCUGUACACCCACCAGGGCUUCGUUCCAAAGCUCAUUUCUUUUUUUUUUUUUUAUUCUUUUUUUUUUCACAGUCAACAAGAUAUAUAUAUAUUGCGUAUAAUACAUUCAAUGAAGCAUAUCACUGUUUUUAAUCUUCUGCAUACACUGGUGGGAUAGCGAUGUUUGCUGUGAUAUUUUUUUUUUUUAAUUUUUUUUUUAUGGUAAUGUAGCUUGUUACUGCCAUGGUCAUGUCUUUAGCAAUGGUUGUGGUUAGUGUAGGUGUCAGGGACAUGUAUGGCUCUGUGGUAUCAGAAAUUGAGAGAGAGUGCGAUAUAUUUCUAUGGCGGGUUUGGUGCUGAGUGGGCACAGCUCCACUUGGUUGAGUGGGUGUAAGUGGUUCCUAGCGCGGGGGGGGGGUAAGGUGUUCGUUAAGGAGCUAGUGUUUCGGCUUGUUUAGGUCUGGGAGGUGGUGGAGAUGGGUACGGCCCUCUGUUAAUGCAUGGUGUGGUAUGUUGCGCGGUGUCUAAGAGGUGUAUAAAACACAAACAAAAACAGAGGGGGUACAAUACGAACGGUAUAACUUAUGCUGCGUCUACAGUUUCUCAGCGUGAGGCUGGCCCUAUGAGGUGCCUGUGCCUCAUAAUACGAAAAAAAAAACAAGAGUUUAAGUAACAAUAUAUAAAAGAAAUUAUAUAAAAGAAAAUACAAAAAAAUCAAAUCCAAUUUUACCAAGGUAAGGUCAUUUUUAUUCCCAUGCUUCACGUCUGUAUCCAACACUCUACCAAAGAGUUUACUGAUUGUACCUUCACUACAAAAAAAUUUAAGUUUUGGUCCAUGCGAACAACCGCCAGUGAGCUAGCGUAUGGAAAGUGCCGAACCGGUGGAAUAAAAUAUGGGUCUUUACAGUCGCUGACCUGGCCCAUAGUCUCUUGGCAGGAGGCUGGCAAGCAGGCCCCUCCAAAAGCCCAUAGCCAGGUUCUGUUCACCACAAGUCAGGUAUGAGGGAAAGGCUGUACUUCAAAAGAAAUGCAGUAUUUGCAAGCUCUUUUAAGAUAUACCCCCAAUAAAUACAUGCGUAAAAAAAAAGCAUGCAUGUAUUCAUUGGUGGAAAAAUUGUGAAUUUCAACUUUUAUUUUUCAAAAAUUUGUGUGGAAUGGUCCUUUAAUGAUCCUUUAAUACGAGUACUUAUCUACAGUCAUUGAAGCACUUUGGAUAGAAAUUCUAGUGUUUGUCUAAUGGCAAUCCUAAUCCUGGUGCAGGUAUGGGUGUCUGCUUUACAGUAUUUACAUGUAAUUAAUUUGACUUGUAUUCCUUUCUUUCAAAGUCAGACACUUUAUCUGUGUAGUGCAGUAAAACAUGCAGACAAUGGUCUAGGUCGACUGUUUUCUGGUCUCUUACCUAACAUUUAAGGGGAACUUGAGUGCUCUCUGUAAUCCAAGGAUGCAGAAGUGUGUUACACAUGCAAUCACUUAUUAUGAGUAACUCCUAUUAGGUAACCAUAUAUGAAAGAAACGAUAGCUUAAAUGGAAGCUGUCAUACCCAUAGUUACUUUCAUUCUUUUAAAACAGUGUCAGUUUCCUUUUAUACAUUCAGCUUGCAGUUUUGCAAGCAAAUGUGUAGAUUGGGAGAAAAAUCGACUUAAAAAUUUAAUUUUUCCCAUCUGUCUCUUAAUUCCUUGGCAGAAACUUAAUGCCAAAGAAUUGGGAGACAGGAAGAGCAGACGAGAGAGGUCCAUAUGCUCUCCACUUAUAGCAACCACAGUGCACACGUGAUGUUAGACUACUCCAUUCAGAUGCUGGCAAUGAAGCCAGCUUGUCUGCAUCAUGGAGCUGAGGAACUGUCCCCAAGAAGGGCAAAGCAACUAACUGCUGAGGAGGAGCAUAGAAGUGUAAGUAGUUCAAGUGUGUAGUAGAGGCCCAGGUAAGUAGUAACACUUUUCCUUUAAACUCAAAAUUUUUAAAAUGAUUGACACUCAUUUAGGUUUGAUUCUAAAGCCGCAAGUAAUUUAAGAGUUCUGUGGGUGAAUCAGUGGUGAAGGCACAAAAAGUACAAAAAAUUUAAAUGGAGUACUUAUUCAGGAUAUUUGUGUUCAAUAUAGACUUGCAACUGUAAACUCUAAAUGGUGACACAAAUCAAUACUGUAACAGUAAUACUUAAUAAGUAAUAUGCAAUAAUAAUAAGUAAUAUGCAAGGGAAUUUGACGGUUAACAGUUGGAGUACAGGACUUCUGUCACAAUAUUAAUUUACAUAAUAUUUAAUUUUUUGUAGUGAAGGUACAAUCAGUAAACUCUUUGGUAGAGUGUUGGAUACAGACGUGAAGCAUGGGAAUAAAAAUGACCUUACCUUGGUAAAAUUGGAUUUGAUUUUUUUGUUUUUGUAGUGAGUGGUAGGAUAACUAAAUGAGUUUUGUUAAUUAAUUUCAUAGUAUACUCUUCGUAAGUCUUUUUGCUAGAAAUGUGUAUACCUCUGUCUUUUUGUUCUCUCAUAGAUACUUCCUGAUAGGGAUGGGAGACGCUGCAUGUUCUGUGUCAAAACAACCACUAAAACCCAUGAAAUGAGUGCAUCAGACACAAAACACAGACAAGAAUGGGUGACAGGUAUAUAUAUGUGCUGAUAACAUACUGUGUCAAAUUAGAAAAUGUUAUGGAAUGUAAAAGCUGUUAUUUAAGCCGAAUGGACUGAGAUUCUCUGCUGCUUAUUGUGCUUUAGGCAGUAGCCAAAUACAAAAAAAUUUUUUUUUAAAUCAUACAAAUUCUAACAGGGCAUACUAAUUUCCAAUCCAGCAUCAAGCCAGAUCAGAAAAAGAGAGGAGAAGGUGCAGACAAUAAUUCAAAAAUAAUAAAUCAGUGCUUUGCUCUUUAUUAGACUUCAGUAAUGGGAAAACAAAAAAUAAAUAAAAUUGUGCUUAUUAAAAUCUCUGCUUGGAUGUAGUAAUGAACUGCUUUAGCCAAAUGUAACUAUUAUUAUUAUUAUUAUUAUUAUUAUUAUUAUUAUUAUUAUUAUGGUAUUUAUAUAGUGCCAUCAAAUUCCGCAGCGCUUUACAAUGGGUGGACGAACAGACAUGUAGUUGUAACCAGACAAGUUGGACACACAGGAACAAAGGGGUUGAGGGCCCUGCUCAAUGAGCUUACAUGCUAGAGGGAGUGGGGUAAAAUGACACAAAAAGGUAAGGAUAAUAUUAGACUAGUGACAGUUGCAUAAGAGGAAUCAGUCAGGAGCUAUUAACAGUUUAAUUGAUACGCUUUUAUGAAGAAGUGGGUUUUUAAUAAUUUUUUUUUAAGGAGUGGAGACUGGGUGAGCAUCUAACGGAGGAGGGAAGCGAGUUCCACAGGAAUGGUGCAGCCCUCGAGAAAUCUUGAAGGCAAGCAUAGGAGGUGGGAGUACGGACAGAAGAUAGAUGUAAGUCUUCAGCAGAUCGUAAGGGCCUAGACGGGACAUACUUGUGUAUAAGGGAGGAUAGAUAGGUGGGAGCAGCAUUAUGUAGAGAUUUGAAAGCAAAAAACAGAAUUUUAAAUUGAGCUCUAUAUUUUAUAGGAAGCCAAUGUAGGGACUGGCAGAAGGGUGAGGUAUGGGAGGUGCGGGCAGACAGAAAGAUGAGCCUCGCUGCCGCAUUCAUUAUUGUGACAGAACCAUCUGUCUUUGGGAUUAUAUUUCGCCUUCCUCCAUUCGUCUGUUUGUUCGGUUAUUUUUUUUGCCCGUACAGCCCACCGGUUUGCCGAACGGCUACCGAUUACGCAACCACCGGGAAGCUGGCGUGUGCAGUCAAUUGACCACCCAGUAUCUGUGGUUAACCGCAGCUUAAUUGACUGUUACUGGGUGGUCGCGGUUGCACAUAGCCACCACACGAUGGCGGUGUUAUGGAAGCUCCCCAGGUAGUCGGCGCUUGUUCUGCCCAGCGUCAGGAUACCAAAAGCGGAUACUUUUUCUUCUAAGCACCGCUGAGUUACCAGCCUACGGGUCUGAAGCCCCGUUCAGGAACCGAACAGCGGAGCAUUCAGGACUUUGUGUUACAGUGCAUUCUACGUGAAAGUACCCAGAUAGCCUGCCAAGGAGCCUGUUCGUGGAAAUAAAGACUUUGGCUCCAUGGCGAUUAAACUGUAUUCGUGUGGUCUGAGCGCCAUUCACUUAAUAAUGUGCGCUCAGACCUGAGCUAUCUGGGGAUAUGUUAAAUGUAUACAUUUAUUGUAACCUUUAUAACAUGGGGUAUUUUAACAGUAAUUCCUAUUUUGGUAUCCCCACGUGCAUAAUGGCGAUUGCCUUUGUCCUGGGAGAUAAUUGAAUUACUUCUCAAUAUCUCGAGGGCAGAGGGGAGGAAGCCAGGAUGCAUUGUGAGAAUAUAUUGUGACUGUAUGUCCUAAAUUGAUACCUGUCUGUCCUUUGUCACAGUCUCCCAUUUGGUCCCCUAGGGGAGUGUCCACCAAGUGGGAGACCUGCAUAAAUACGGGCAGGUAGCCCUCAUUAAGGCCAGUUCUUGUUUUACCCUCAAUACGGAGUUUGGUCUCGUCAUUGGGGGGAUUUACUAUACGCAGUUAGAGACUAAUUGCUGGGAACGUAAGCCGCUUGGAUUCUAUAUCAGUUCGUCUGUUAGCAGCGAUUCGUGGGAUUACUGUUCGGGAGUUUGGAGUGUUACUAAGUAUGCUGUUCGGGAGAUAGGCGCAUUCCCCUGGCUCGAGUUCGGGAGUUUGAGGUCUAAAAGAAUUGAAUCUGCAGUGCUGAAAAGGGGAAGCUCAACUAAGCGGCGGUUUCACUCCUUUAUGCCAGGAGUGUCUUAACAAUUAUGGACUGUAACGGUGCAAGUUGGGAGCACGUAAGACCACUGAGAAGCGGAUUACAGUAGUCAAGGCAAUAAAGGACAGUGGAAUGGACCAACACCUUAGUCGCAUCUGGCGUUAAGUAGGGGCGGAUGCGCGCAAUGUUUUUGAGAUGGAAAUGGCAGGAUUUGGCGAUAGAUUGAACAUGAGGCUUGAAAGAGAGGUCCGAGUCAAAGAGAACACCUAGGCAGCGAGCCUGUGUGGUGGAGUUGAUGGUACCGCCGUUGACUUGGAGAGAGACAGACACAGGAGUAACAACACUUGAGGGAGGAAAGACGAGAAUUAACUAGAAUUAACCAGAACUAAAUACCCUGUAUAACUGUUGAUCCGUGCAACAGAAUGUAACACACAAUGCUUUAAGUAUAAAUUGGGGUCAGUGCUAGAUAAUAAUGUAUCAAAUUCCACAAGUUGUAAGAUCAACCAAGACUGAAUGCAUGCGCAUUAAGUUCACCCAUUGCCGUGACAGUGCUGGAAUUAGGAUAAAUGUUAAAGAUUUUUUAGGGAUAAAGGGUGCGCAGAGGCAGAGGGACACUAUAGUAUUAGGAAUACUUUAACCUUCUAACUUCAUACAAGGAGAUAUUUUCUUGUGUGUAGAUUGGCUAAAAUAUGAAGGAGGGAAGGGACAAAAGUAAGGGAAAGAUAAAAUAUUACAAACACUUACUACUGUCAUAAGAGCUAUAUCCCCUAAGGACCUGAGAUAUAUAUAUAUAUAUAUAUAUAUAUAUAUAUAUAUAUAUAUAUACUGAGACAGAUUCGAUUUUUUUUGGGGGGGGGGCAUUUUUUUUAAGUCCAACCCAGCCCUAUAAAAGGAGGGUGCAAAGUUAAGGUGCAUAUAUGAAAGAGAGUUGCAUUGACUUGUGUGUUUUGCUACAUCUUUGAGGCAGAAGGAUACUAGAGCUAUAUGUAACAGCAUUAUUAAUUGGAAUUGCUCUCAAUGCAGUCAAGAUUAGCAGAAGGGCAGCCCUGAAUAAAUAAGAAAUAGGAUGUAGCAUGUGUCUCUGAAAUGGAAGAAACAAUCUGGAGUUCAUAUCUAUUUCAAAUAAUCUCCAUUUAUCUCAAGUAUAUAUGGCGGAAAUCCAGAUUAACAGGACCAUGGCCUUCCAUUGACAUGCCAGGACAGCUGUGAAAUUAGUUAGUUUUUUUUACCUUGGUACGACCAUUUACUUUUUUGUUUAGAUGUGCCUCCCAGGAUCUGCUGAAUCAAUCUUGUGUGGUUAGAGAUAAUAUUGGAAAAGAACAUUACACACAUGUAUCUUUAGAGAUAGACUUGAUGUCUUGAGUUGAGGAGCCAGUGGUGGCAUGAUUGUCCAUGUAAAGGUUAAAGAUGAAUUUGGAUCUGGGAAAUGUAUAAAACAGCUUUUGUUUCGUAAAAUAUAGGUAGCAUAAAGGAGUUGAUGGCUUUUAUAUUAUGAGCGAUCUAAUAAGGCAUCUCACGUUUUAUUCCUGCCCUGGACUUUAUUGUGACAAGAAUUAGAUUAUAAUUCACAUGUUUGUAAUAAAGAAGAAAAAUAAAGAAUUAAAAUGAACAAAAGUUAACAUGUAUUUUAUGUUAAAAUAUGCAACCUUACCUAUUAACCUAUUUAAUUAUUUUGCAGCCAUUCAAACUGCAAUACGUCUUCAGCAGUCUGGUUCCCGCUCCUUACAUCGUGAGCUGCAGAGCAGGCGCAGAGAACAACGAGAGCAACGGGAACAGCGUAAAGCAGCACGGGAGCAAGAAAUUCAAAGGCUAGCAGAAUUGCAGAAUGAGAAGGAGAGGCAACAAAAGGAACUAGAGCAUCUGAGGGAGGCACAGAAGCGAGCAGAAGAGGCAAUUCAACAAGAACAAAAUAGACACAAAGAACAACAGGAGGAGAUGCAGAGGCAACUGGCAGUACAGCUCAGGGAAGCAGAAGAGGUGAGAUAAGGAAAGUAAAGAUUAGAUAGACAGAUUUUUUUUUUUUUUUUUGUACAAUUAGCUUCCAGCAGGUGUGACAAACUGAUGGAGAUGCCUUAGCAUUUGGAACAAUUACCAAUAUAUUGCAUUUAACCUAUCCUCAAAAGUAAAUGACCUCAAUAUUUCUAUUUGUGAUCGUUUCUGUUCUUCUAUAGUUGUUGGCUAUGUGGGUCUGGACAGGAGAUCAACUUCAUAUCUAAUGCUCCACCACUACCGCAUAGUUCAAAAGCCAGCCUCCAACUGCCUUCCCACUUCUGAUGAUGUCAGUAGACAGCUUGCAGGUCUGAGGCAGACAAGGGCAGAGCCAGCAGCUUUAGGCUUGAAUACAAGUAAUAUUUUACUAGGGGAACUAGAUGGUGGUUUUAACACUAUAGGGUCAGAAAUAUGUUUGUGUUCCUGACCCUAUAGUGCUCCUUUAACCCCUUCAGGACGGGUGACGGACGAGGUCCGUCACAGAGGGGAGACCCUUAACGACGGGUGACGGACCUCGUCCGUCACGCGGUAAAAUUAACCCCGGAUCGCCGCUAUCGCGGCGAUCGCGGGGUUAAUGGUGCUCCCGGUAUGCCUCUGUAUUAGAGGCAUACUGGGAGCACCCGGUCAGGCUGCCCAGCACAUGUGCUCUGUAUACUCACCUACCGGCUCCCUGCACUUCCGGGUUCUGUGUGAAGUGCAGGGAGCCGGAUCAGUGCUGAUCCUGCCCCCUGCUGUUUAAAAAAAUAAAGUUUAUUUAAAGUGUCCCCCCCCUUACCCAUUUUAAUAAAAAAUUAACCCCUUCCCUGCCAAUUGAUCACUGGCUACAGUGAUCAAUUGGCAGGGAUUACAUUUUACUAUGAUCUGAUUUUUUUUUUUAACCCCUGACGGUUAAUUCUUUUUUUUUUUUUUUAACCCUCAGGGGUUAAAUUAAUUAAAUUAAUUAAAUUUAUGGGACAUAGGCACAGCAUAAAAAUUCAAAGUUUGAAAAAAACUGGAAUGGCUGUGUCCCAAAUGUGCCCCUCCGAUGUCCACACAUACCUGGCAAAGGUACAUACGGGGUAUUGCUGUACUCAGCCGACAUAGCUGAGCAACAUAUGAAGUAUUAUACAGUCGUAGCACACAUAAGGUUUGCAAAAUAUACUGUGCAAACUCACUUUGUAUGUCAAAAAGGCAGAAAAAACGCUUAUUACCACUACAUCUGGUACAAGCUAGCGGAAAAAUGAUCCCACGCUAAGGUUCAAACUAUACCUUUUGAAACACCCUGGGGUGUCUACUUUAAGAAAUGGUAGGCCUUUGUGGGGUAGUUUGAAUUUAAAACCUGCGAAGAUGCUUGGAAAUUGCACAUAGGCCCAGCGUCAAAAUUCAAAGUUUGGUAAAAACUGAAAUGGCUUGGUGUCCUAUAUGGCACUGUAGCUUCACGAAAUAGUGCCAAAGACAUUCAUUGGGGGUGUAUUUUUACUCAAAAGACUUAGCUGAGCAUAAUUUGGGGGGUUUGAACUUAGUGGCACAUAUGAAAUAUACAAAACGCCCAGCAAAAAUGCAAUCCGUAUGUAAAAAAUGCACAAAAUUAUUUUUUACCACAUACUUUGGCAUAUAUUGGUGAAAAAAUGGGGGCAUGCUAAGGCACAAUAUGCACCUUAUAAGAUACCCUGGAGUGUCUACUUUUACAAAUGGUAGGCCUUUGUGGGGGUUUUUUGAACAGUCAAACUGUUAUAAUACCCCAAAUGGAAGCUAAGGCUCAUUAAAUUCAUCUCUCAAAAUUCUACUGUGAAUACUGAAAAGGACAGGUAUCCUGUAUGGCACUGUAACUUCACGAAAUAGUGCAAAAGACAUACAAUGGGGGUGUCAUUUUACUCAGCAGAUGUAACUGAACACAAAAUAAAACUUUGUACAGGAAUAGCACACACAAACUUUACAAAAUAUACACGAGAAUUUCUCUGUUAUAAGUUUGUGUGCCAAAAACCAAAAAGAACACAAUUUUACUCCAAUAUUUAGCAGAGGUUGGCGGUGAAAUGGCUACGUAGAAAGUGUCAAAACAACCUUAGGUAAAUAGCCCGUGAUGUCUACUUUAUAUAAAUAUAUACUUUUGUGUGGCAAUUUUGUUUUCUUUUAUGGCUAUUAAGCUUACAAGACAAACAUACCAAAUUCUAAAAUCGCUCCACAUUAAAAGUUUAUUUUACUCCUUGUGCUUUGUGACCUGUAACUACCAAAAAAAACUUAAAAUCCCAGACACAUUAUAUAUUCUGUAAAUCAGAACAAAUAAAUAAAUUUAUUUUUAAUUACUUUCCUUAACCUGCACUAAUUAUGCACACAUUAUUAUUGCAAAAACUGUAAAAAAAACCAAUAUUUUUCAUUUUUUUUGCAUUUUUCUGUAUUUUUUUUAUAAUAAGUAAGCAUUUAUAUAUAUAUAUGUUAUAUCAAAUUAAAGCCCUUUCUGUCCUUUAAAAAACAGUAUAUAAUAUGUGUCGGUGCAAUAAAUGAGAGAGAUGCAAAUUGCAGUUGAACGCAAACAGCAAGAAAAUGCAAAAAUUGCUUGUGUCAUUAAGCGUAAGUCAAGCUUCUGAAGCUGUGUCCUUAAGGGGUUAACAAUGGUUGGCCAUUUCUACAAUAAAUUUAAAGGGACACUAUAGUCACAAUAACAACUGUAUCUUAAUGUUGCAGUUUUUGUGUAUAGAUCACACCUCACACCUCUGAUCUCUCCCUGAUCAAUUCUCUGUGAUUUAGGAGUUAACUCACUUUUGUUUCUGUUUAUGCAGCCCUUGCCACACCUCCCCUGGCUUAGACUGACACAGCCUGCAUUAAAAAUAUGGUUUCACUUUCAAUAAGAUAUAACUUUUUUAUUUUUUUUAUUUGUAGUUUACUGAAUUUUGACCAUAAUGGGGGUGGGGGGAGUAGGGUACAGAAGAGAAAAAGGGGGAGUGGGGGGAGAAUCAAACAGACACAGUACAGAUUUGCGUUACAUUCCCUAUUUGGUUAUACAAUCCAUUCUCUUAGAUACAUAUAUUGAUGGUAUAAAGUCACUUUUACCGACACUCCACAUUAGGCAAGUAGGUACAGUAUUCUUAUGUAUCUUUAGGUAUCGAGGCAGCAGCUAACCAUUGUGCACCCCUUAUUCUCUAUGUGUAUCUCCCGAGACCUCACUUGUUUGUACUUAUUUUCCCUAUCUUCCAUUCCUCCCCGGUCCUGGCCUCUCCUCCUUUUUUGUCUGUUUCUUGUUUGUGUCGCUCAUCUGCUACGUUUCCCAUGUGUGCCCUAUAUAUGUCGUGACCUGUGAUGGUGGGAAGUAAAAGGGGGUGUCUCUAUAUUUGUCUCGGGGCUGGUGGAGCUGAGUGGUCAGUGGUGUCUUUUCUCCAGGAACUCCACAUCUCCCACGCCCCCUUAAAGCACUAUGUUCAUGGAUGUAAUGCAGUAUAGUGUGUUUCGUAUAUCAAUUGCUUGUCUAUGUCUUGUAGGAGGUGUUGGAUAUUGGGGGCCUUGGUGGAUUUCCAGGAUCUCGCUAUUAGUUUUUGCGCAGUUAGCAGGACAUGGUACAUUAUUUUCCUCACCUUAGCAGGUAUGUCCGUGGAGAUGUCCAGUAAUAGGAAGGUCGAGGGUUCAAAGUUUGUCAGCCCUGGUGACCCUGGCUAUAAUUUGGUGUACUUCUCUCCAGAACCCCACCAAUCUUGGGCAUCCCCACCAGGUGUGUAGAACCGAUCCCAGGUCCUGUGUGCAUCUCCAGCAUGUCGGAGGUGUGUGUGGGUACAACCCAUGUAGGCAGGCUGGUACCAUAUACCACCUAUAUAGUGUUUUUUUGGUGUUGUUCUUGAAGUGGGGCGGACUUGAUCAUCCUCUUUAUGGAGGAUGUAAUGUGUUUCCAUUUACUCUUGGCUAUGUUGGUGUUCAGGUCGGAGGCCCAUUGUUUUGCCUGUGUUGAGCCAUAAAAUGGUUGGUAUGGUUGGAUGAGUUUGUAGCAUUCUGAUAGUAGUUUGAAUUUAGGCGGGGGUGCCUGUGAUAUCCCCAUUUUCUCCCAGGUAGAGGGUUCCCCUUUCGGGCUGUGCUCUUGUGACCGUUCUUUGUUUUGUCUGCUUAAAAAGGAUUGGAGCUGUAUAUGUGAGUAUUGCGAUGUGCGUGGGAUGUCAUAGAGGGAGCAGAGCUUCGUGAAGGUCAUUAAUUUGCUCUCCACGCAUAUGUGUGACAGGUGAGUAGCUCCCUUUUCUUUCCACGGCAUUGCGUGAAAUGUUGGGAUACAGUAAGUGAUAGCUUCUAUGGGAGUUGCCAUAGAGAGUGGAUGACCGGACACAAAAUGUGUUCUAUGGGUUUCCCAGAUUUGUAGUGCUAAUACGAGUUGUGCUGGCAUGGUCGGGAUGGCUGGUCUAGUGUUUUUUUUUUGGUCAGCCACAACAAAUUAGGGACUUGGAAGGGAUCUAUAGCUAGGUUCUCCAUUUUAACCCAUUGGGGUUGAUUCUCUUUGGCAAGGUGUGCGAGCAAGGAGGUCAGUAUCGCUGCCUGGUAAUAUGAUUUUACGUAUGGGAACGCCAUUCCGACACUCCUCGCUGGGGCCAUUAACAAUUUUUGUAAGAUCCGUGCUCUUCCCGCUCCCCAGGUGAAUUGCUGCAUUUUAGUCUGUACACUUUUGAAGUAUGAUUGUGGCACUCGCAAGGGAAGGUUUCUAAAUAGGUAUUGAAGUUUUGGCAAUAUGGUCAUUUUCAGAGCUAUUAUGCUCUCUGUUCAGGAUAGAAAUAAUUGGCCCCAGCCCUUCAGAACCUCUGUACAUUCAUUCCAGACCCUGUUAUAGUUAGACGGAAACAUAUAAUUUGGGUUUUUGGUAAAUGUUAGACCUAGAUAUUUUAUAUUGCCUUGCCUCCGUUCAAAUGGAUUGUCUCUUUGCAAUUGUGCUAGUACGUGCGGGUCCAGGCAGAGCCCCAGUGCUUGUGUUUUAGUGGUGUUGAGGGAGUAGUAGGACAGCGUCCCAUAUUCAGUGGUAAGGUUCAUGAUAUGAGGUAGGGAUUUUUCAGGGUUGGAGACAUAAAGUAAGAGAUCAUCCGCAAAUGCACUAAUUUUUAUCUGUCUCCCAUUCCAGUCUACCCCUGUUAUUUCCUGUUGGGUUCUAAUCGCUAUAAGUAAAGGCUCCAGGGCCAGCACAUAGAGCAGGGGGGACAAGGGACAUCCCUGUCUCGUGCCAUUUGUAAUCUUAAAUGAGUUUGAUAUAAAGCCAGCUUGUAGUACUUGGGCUGUGGGGUGAGAGUACAGGGCAAAUAUUUGUCUAAUGUGUUGUUGUGGGAACUCAUAUCCCUCUAACACCUGGUGGAGGAAGGGCCAACCCUGGCGGUCGAAGGCUUUUUCAGCAUCUAGAGCUAAGAGCAGUCCGUCUGGGCCCGACCCCCUCAUCCUCUCCAUUAUGAGGGAUAACUUCCGGGUAUUGUCUAGUCCCUGUCUCCCCAGUACAAACCCUGAGGAUUUUCACCCAUUCUGCAGGGCAAUAUUUUAGCAUGAAUCUUGGCAUCCGUGUUCAACAGCGAAAUGGGUCGAAAGUUUUUGCAUUGGUCUGGGGAUUUCCCUGGUUUAGGUAAGGUUACUAUCGUGGAUAGAAGCAUCUCAGGAGGGAGUUCUCCUGUGUCUGUCGCUGUCCAAAAUAGUCACACUAGCCACGGGCCGAGUACUUCUGCAAAUUUUCUAUAGUAUGCAUUGGGUAAGCCAUCUGCCUCUGGGGAUUUUCCCGUAGGUAGGUGUUUUAUGGUAUCUAGUACCUCGUCAAGGGUAAUGGGCUUGAGUAGAGCUUCGAUUUGGGUCUGAUCUAUAUGUAGAAGUGGGAGUUUUGUCAGAUAUGUGCGAAUCGAUGUUUCGUUCAGGGGGGGCGACAUUAUUUUGGACUCUUAGGUUGUACAGUCCAGAGUAGUAUUUUGCAAACUCCUUUGAAAUAUCUAGGGGGUUUUGUAUUUUGUUACCCUCCGUGCUAUGCAGGUAAGUUAUUUUGGAUGCUGCUAGUCUCGCCCUCAAUUGGUUAGCUAGAUAUUUUGUGGCUUUCCUGCUGUGAUGGUACGAAGUUGCUUUCAUUUUAUGUAGGAAGCAUGCAAUUUUUGCUGCAUUUAGUUCAGUUAGUUGAUCUGUCAGAGAUUGGACCUGAUUUGCUAGGGUUUGGGUGGGGUUUAGUUUGUUUUGGGCAGUUGCCACAACUAGUUGUUUCUGGCAUUCUAAUAGGGUUUUUUGUGUGUGUUUUCUUAAGGUGGGAUGAACGUCUAAUAAAGAGGCCUCUCACAACGGCCUUGUGUUCCGACCACACUGUUUGGUCUGGCACGUAGCCUACAUAGUUCAUUUGAAAGUAUUCAGUGAGGUCAGUCGUCAUUUGGUUUAGGAAAGUUUGGUCUUGCAGUAGUGAUUCAUUUAACCUCCAGUUCCCUCUUCCUUUAAAUUUAAAUAAGUCAUACGGUUCGAGAUACACUGGGCUAUGGUCUGGCCAAGUUAUAUCGCCAAUAGUACAGGUCGAGACCUCGGCUAGCGUGGGUUAAUCUACAUAAAAUGUGUCUAUACUGGUGUAUGUAUUAUGUACUUUCGAGUGAAAGGAAAAAUCUCUCUCCCCAGGGUGGAGUACUCUCCAGCUGUCAUACAAGUUAUGCAAUGUGAGCUGUUUACCCAACGAUUUACUCAUGGAUGUCAUGCUUGUCCGUCUUAUUCCCUGAUGGAGUGCUGUCGUGUCUUCCUCAGGAGUUGUAAUGAAGUUAAAAUCCCCGCAUAGUAUCAGCCCUCCCAAUUUUUGUUUUUCAAUUUCUUGUAAUAAGCGCCUGAGGUAUUUCUCUGUACCUGUGUUUGGGAAAUAUGUGGAAAGCAGAGUAUAUUGAACGUUAUUAAAGAGACCCAUCAGGAUGAUAUAUCUUCUCUGGGGAUCAACAAAUUUUGCGUGUUCUAUAAACGCAACAUCUUUGUGUAUUAAAAUGGAUGUCCCUUUGGUCUUAUUCUCUGAUGAUAUUGAGUCGGGAAGAGUUUAGUGAAAAUUUUGGGUGUCAGUGUUUUUAAAAUGUGUCUCCUGAAUGCAGGCAACAUCAGUCCCCCGAUUCUUGAGUUCCUGUAGUAAAAGUCGUCAUUUGCCUGGGGAAUUUAACCCCUUUACAUUAUAUGUCAAUUUCAUAUUGGGUAGUAAGUGCAGUAAGGGAUGUUAUGGUGACUUUUUUUAGUGACUUUUCUUGAUGGUUUGGGAUUGUUACUAUAAUUCGUUUGUUGGGGCCUUUCACAGGAAUUAUUGAUCUGAAAUGUGAUCUGUUUGUCUAGGAGAAAGGCAGGUGGGGGGGCGGAGAGGAUUUAGAACAUCAUGUGGGUGGUGUACCCAAUAUGGCUCCAAAGUGUGGGGCCUUGGCUCGCAGCCUAGUAGAUAGGUGCGGUUAGUGGGGGGGGUGAAGGUGAAUUUGUCUAACAUGUCGGUCGUUCACCUUGAAACCUCUGAGCAAUGUUAACGUCUAACUGUUUAAACCCACAAAAUAGUGAAUACAAUUACACAACUUACAGAUCACCAUGUGUGUGCUUAUACACUGCUGAUGCUUCGUUCAUACAACAUAGUUCAUGGCUCAGUCCUUCCCCGCUUGGGGUUGAUUAUGCUUAGUGGGCAGAGUCAAGAUCUAGCCAGCAUUAUAUGCUGCUCAUUUUUUAGGACUACUGUGCCUGAAGCCAGUGUUAAAUCGUGGUACACAUUUUAACAUAAGGUGUGAGUAUCUGUGUUAACUUAUGAUACUUUAACUUAGCAAUUCAGUGACUGAAUCUAGAGUGUAUGCAGUGCAUAGUUACGUAUAUCUUGAACGUCGGCUUUGUCUCACUGGGUUGUCCACUCCGGCGACAUUCGUGGAACUUUGGCUGGUUCUGUGGAUGGGAUUGGAAGUCCCCAGUCUCUCAGCUUUUGAAUUCCUUGGGCCACGUCUGUAACUGAGUGGAUCGCUUCUUGGUGAGAUAUUAAAAGUUUGGCUGGAUAUCCCCAGGAUAUCCCCAGCGAUAGCUCAGGUUCUGUUCCCGCAGGAUUGAGGUGAUAGGUGCCAGCGAUUUCCUGAAGUGUAGUGUUUCCGCCGAUAAGUCUGCAAGGAUUUUUAUAGAUUUGAAGUUGUCCGGCAUGUCUGCAUUUCUGCUGGCUCUCAUAAUUCUUUCCUUGGCAUGGAAAAAAUGUAUUCUUGCAAUGACGUCUCUUGCCGCUGUUGGUGGCAAGUGUUUCGGUCUGCGCAGUCUGUGAGCUCUAUCAAUAAUUAGUUGGUCUGGAUGGAUUGCUGGUGUGAGGGAUUGGAACAAGUCAGAGAGGUAGCUGUGUAGGUCAGCAUUUUGUACGGACUCCGGGAUUCCACGGAACCGGAGGUUGUUCCUCCUGGCUCUGUCCUCCAUGUUAGCCAAUUUUAAUCUGUGAGCCUCCAGCAUGUCGUCCAUUUCUUGAAUUUUAUCUGCCAGGCUAUUAUGGGCCACGGCAUACUCAUCCAUUUUCAUUUCUAUCUGUGCUGUGCGGGUUCCCAUCUCCUGCAUUUCUUUUUGUAGUUCAGAUGAGAGCUCUUGAAUCUGUUUUUUCAGAUUACUUUGGAUAUUUUCUGUAAAUUCCGCCAUCAUUUCGCGGAUACCCCCCAUCGUUAGCGGCUGCUCAUCUGCCGUGGGGAUGUCUGUGGUGAGAGGGAGUUUUCCCGCUUUCUCUGGUCGCCGCCAUCUUGCACAGGCUCCUGGCCUUCUCGCUGCUUUGAAGCCGUGUUUUUUGUUAAGAAGAAAAGAGGCCGUCUCCGAGUGUUUCGUGUGGUUUGUGCUCAGUGUACCGCUUGUUUGUUGCUCUUUAUCGGCUUCUUUGCCCGAAGAUGCUCCUACAUGCGUCUGUUCAGCUCCGGGGUUAGGCCACGCCCCCGAUAUAACUUAUUUUAAAAGUUUUUAACUCCUGCUCUGUAAAUUGAACUUUAAUUACAUACAGGAGGCCCAUGCAGGUUCUAUCUAGCUAUUAAUGGAGCAGGAGAUAAGAAAUUAUAAAUUAAACAGAAUGUGCUAUAAAGGAAGUGUACACUUUAGAAUAGAUUACUCUUUACAGGAAGUGUUUAGGAAGGCUGUGCAAGUCGCAUGCAGGAAGGUGUGACUAGGGCUGCAUAAACAAAAUGAUUUAACUACUAAAUGGCAGAGAAUUGAGCAGUGAGACUGCAGAAACAUGAUCUAUAAACCAAAAUGGUUUCAUUAAGCUAAAGAUGUUUUGGUGACUAUAGUAUCCCUUUAAUAGAAAUUAGAAAAUGAAGCUUCACUUGCAAUAGAAACAUAGAAUGUGACGGCAGAUAAGAACCAUUCAGCCCAUCUAGUCUGCCCAAUUUUCGAAAUACUUUCAUUAGUCCCUAGUCUUAUCUUAUAGUUAGGAUAGCCUUAUGCCUAUCCCACGCAUGCUUAAACUCCUUUACUGUGUUAACCUCUACCACUUCAGCUGGAAGGCUAUUCCAUGCAUCCACUACCCUCUCAGUAAAGUAAUACUUCCUGAUAUUAUUUUUAAACCUUUGUCCCUCUAAUUUAAGACUAUGUCCUCUUGUUGUGGUAGUUUUUCUUCUUUUAAAUAUAGUCUCCUCCUUUACUGUGUUGAUUCCCUUUAUAUAUUUAAAUGUUUCUAUCAUAUCCCCCCUGUCUCGUCUUUCCUCCAAGCUAUACAUGUUAAGAUCCUUUAACCUUUCCUGGUAAUAAAAUGUUAAGCACAGAGGGAAUUUAUAUUGUCUAGUGUCAUAGUGCCAGAAAGUGUAACUACACAGGUAAGAUUGCAUUAAUUUUAAAAAAUGACGCAGAAUCAAUGAUCUUUUACCAGGCACGUGCCUCAAUGCAAGCGGAGAUGCAACUAAAAGAAAUGGAGGCCACAAGGCAAAGACAACGAAUCCUUGAACUGGAACAACUGCAAGAUCAUCUUCAGGAAGCUCUGGCUCAAGAAAUAAGGGCACACCGUGAUGAGGAAGAAUACAGACAUGCCCAGGCCAAGUAUAUACCCAGGCCAGCUAGAUUAAUAAAUGCAUUACACCUUAACUUUUGAUAUAUAUAUCAAACUAUAUAGAACAUAUGUAUGCAACAACAUUUCCAGAAAAAUAAACAAAGUUCUUUGAAAUGCAACGUUAAAGAAAUGCUCCAGCAUUAUAAUUAAAUACAUGUUUUUUCAUGCUGAGGUGUUCAAUUGUCUAUUUAGAUUUAAUGGCCCCACACUCAAAUUACAUACCUGUAAUCUAGCUGUUUCUACACUACAGCUCUGCUCUGCACUAGUAAGGAUCUCCUGGGUCUAUCCACUGAUUGCAACACAGUGUAUGCAUUGCAAUCACCAUGCUCAGCAAGUAGAGUACUUCUCAUAGAGAAGAAUUAAAUCCAAUGCUUCUCUGUGAAAUGCAUUGUAUUUUGCUUUGAGAAAGCAAGGAAGAACUCCCUCCCAGCUUUCAGACUGCUUAUUGUAGGCACUGUUACUGCUUCAUAUCAUUAAAGUGAUUAUUGUGUAUACAGUCCUUUUGUGCUGCCCUUUCAUUCAGCAUUUAACGUUUUUUAAAUGUUUAAAUACUAACUGAGAGUCCUCAGCAGCCCAUCUCCUCUGUGCUUAUGAGGAAGCAUUAGCCUGAGCAGCAAUGGAGUGGGUGUGUGUCAGCGAACCACUUUCAGCCUAUCACAGUGCCCAUUGCUGGUAUAAAUUGGUAUGGCUAGAAGGAAGUGUGUAAUCUUUGCCUUAGACAUAUUUCCAGUAAGUGCUGGACUGUGCAUUGACAGAGACCCUUAUUCAGUGUUCACAAAUGGUUUAGUGCAGGGACAGCGCCAGGUUUGUCCAGGCAAAAUAACCAAUUCACUGAGAUGAAAUGAUUAUUAUGGCCUACUGUGUGCCUUCAAGGGCUUUAGGUGUUUGGAGUGUUACUUUAACACUAUACCUAGUUGCCAAGACCAUUUAAAAUAAAUUAUUCUAUAUAAUAUUUUGCUUGUUCUCACAGAUAAGUAAUUCCAUACAACUGACAACCAAAAGUCUUAGUAGCAUAAAUCAAACCAUUUUUUUUUUUUUUUAAAUUGAAUAAGAGAAUCACACCUUCAUACUGCUGUAUUGCACAAUAAAACAUCAUAAAAAGUAUAAUCAAGUAUCUUAUUUUGAUUGUUUUUUUCCUUCCUUUUUUAAAAUAAAUCUACUUAAUUUCUCCACACAGGCUGUUGAUGCAAGAGGAGGAAAAACUGCGAGUAUUGCUCAGAAUGAGGGAGGAACAGAUGCAGUAUGUGGAACGCGCGCAGAGGGAAAAACAAGAGUUGCAGCAAGAGAUGGAGAUGAAGAGUAAAGAGUUGCAGGAUGCCCAGAAGCAACUAGAGGAUGUACGGGAGAACAGAGAGAGAGCUGAUAGAGAUGUGCAGGUUCAAAAUGUUUCACUACUAAAUAUUUACACAAUCAUACAGACAUGA